AUGUCAGAAUUGCGCGAAUAUGAGCGGACGUGUGCUAAUUGGGAAAGUGCCGCCGAUGCCGCAGCGUCAGCGGACGGCGCCUUGUGCGAAAAGGACAAUACAUUUUACUCCGAGUCCAAGGUAAGCACUAAGCAGAGAUCUGCAGCGAUACAGAUCCGCGUGUAUCACUGUCAGACAAUGUAUUGUAGCUCUGUAAAUUAUUCUGAAUACCGUGAACACGUGGAAUUUGAAAAUAGUUUGUUUGACUCAAGAGUUGAACAAGGAAAUGUUUAGAAUGUAUCAUUGUAGCUUACCGGAUGAAAUGAUGAAAAUUAGAAAUUAAUCAACUAAAAUGCAGAGUUUCAAGUGUUGAUGUUGAAAAGAAUAGAUCCCUCAUCAGUUUAUUUGAUCUAUCCACAGCAGCGUUCCUAUGGGAAAAUCUUGAUACUUUUUACUCGCUAAUGUAAUAGUGUUUGGCUACAAUUACUAGCUUAUAGGCUAUAUAAUCAAAAAUACUGACAUUUUCAGUAUUUCUUCUAAAAAGUGAUGUAUAUCUCUAGGCUACCUGGGGGUUAAUUGUUCAAAUGGAGCUACAUCAAAGUGACUCAAUAUUUUUCUUAUCAAGCAAAGAUCUAGACUGCCAAAUGAGGUCUUGUUAGAUACAGACUUGGCACUUGUUUGUCACAAGCAAUUAUAGGAUUGGUCAAAAGAACACUCUCCAUGAUGGAAUUGUGGCAACAGUACCACAGCUAUCUGGGUAAUUGAAGAUUCCUUGAGCGUUCAGCCACAGGUAUGCGCUCCCAAGAGUGACAAACUAUAUUUUUGCCUAGCUGUGCUGUCUGCCUUCUUUCCCCCAGACAUAGUUGUUGUCACCAGACCAGGGACAGAUACUGUUGAAAGGUGCGCUUGAUUUAGCUUGGAGUUUGCACUUUUGGGACUAUUCCAUCGGUUCUAUAUACUUGGCAAACUAAAUCAAGCACAGCUAAAGUAUUUGAAAGUAUUUGGCACAGGUCUGGUUGUUGCAUACUGUUUUGUGCGAAGACUUGACCAUGAAUGGUCAAUGCCCCUUCUACUACUCCAUAAUAUCUAUAGGGUAACACGUCCCACAUGUUUGUGUGUAUGUCUGCUUUACAAACCUAGUUAUGUUUGCACUGUGUCAAAAGUUAAAAUUGUCUCUUUAAUCAUGACUGGCUACCUGGUCCCUGCAUCCGGCCUUUAAGUUCUACAAGUAACUACCUGGUAAAUAGCGAGCUGUAAUAAAAUAGUUAGUUAUAAUUGGAUAACAUCAGUGGCAGCUGGUCUCUAAUAGUGUAGACUGGUGUUUGGGCUUUCAACAAGAUGGAUGAGUGUUCAUUAAUUAGCCUUUUAAAUUAAUUAAGGCAGUAAUACAUUGUACUAAAUAAUACAUUUUAGACAACACCUUUGUCAAGAACUUCAUCAAGGUCACAUUACAAUCACAUCAAAAGUGGGACACUCCAAUAGUAUGCAGCAGCGGUGGUUUUAAACCCGGUCAGAUGACAUGUAUCCCUGUGUGUGUGGAGAAAGCUCCAUGUUGUUUUAUUAGGUUUGAUGCCUGGAUGCUUAUCCAAAUGGACCACUUAUUAGCCUUGUAGGAAUGACAUCAAAGUCUCAAGGUAGUGUUUGUCUUUUGUCGUUCUCUGCAUGAUCAAUUCAGCUGUUUGUUUCUGUAGUCCCAGCUGUAUGAAUAUGGUUGAAAUAAAUCAUUAUAGCGCAAAAGGCUUUUUUUGUGCUUCAUCACAUUUCUCUGCACAAUAAGACAUGUUUUUAUCUAUUGUGAUUGAUUGAAUCAAGUGAAAUCAUUGUUAGGUUUAAUAUCCCUGCAUUAUGGAGAAAGUUGUCUUCUAGCAGUCAGAUAGUCUAGUAGCCAUGCAAGCUACGUACAAUGACGUGCUUUGGGGUCCAAUAAGUAAGAGUCAUCUUGUUGCACACAGCUGGUCCCAGUGUAGAAUGUAGAUCAUAUUUUUCCCACCACCCCUCUUCCCCCACCACCCAACCCCUCCCUCAAUCGUUCAAACCUAAACAUUUUCUCAGAGACAGAAAUUCAAAUAAUAGCACUAACACAUCAAUCAGCCGGUAAGCUUGGAGCAGUGCCACAGAAAACAAAAGGCUAGUUUCUACCCCAAUGUAUGAAGUAUGUAUAUAGUUCAGUUCCUCCCACCCUCCUUGUCUGAAUUUCACUUCCGAAAUGUAAGCUGCAAAGUAGACACAUGUUGCAAUAUCAACAGACUACAGCAGGGUUCCCCAACUGGCGGCCCGCGGGUCAAAGGUUUUAUUUGCUAGCCAAGUUUUCUGAGCCAAUUUUUUUUUUAUACACUGAACAAAAAUAGAAACGCAACAUGCAACAAUUUCAAUGAUUUUACUGAGUUACAGUUUAUAUAAGUCAAUUGAAAUAAAUUCAUUAGGCCCUAAUCUAUGGAUUUCACAUGAAUGGGAAUACAGAUAUGCAUCUGUUGGUCACAGAUACCUUCAAAAAAAGGUAGGGUGGUGGAUCAGAAGCCAAGUUUGUUAGUGUGUUGUUACUGUGAGCUGAGAUGCCUGCUAUUUGUCCUAGUCCACGUGAUGAAAUCCCUGCUGGUUUGUGGUUGUUAAAAGACUACCACGGACUACUAAAUGUUUAUAGCAUUGUUGCUUAGAGUGUCGACAAAUGCGGCUUACCUCAGUCCUCUGUAUAAAGUCCAUAGACCAAGAAGUCUAUUUCAACCUUCGCACAUCACAAAACUCUGCUUAGCAUUAAAUAUAUUAACUCCCAAUCUUUCACUCUUCGAUAUCUCUUUUCUCAAUGCUGGCUAGACAUGUGACUAAUAGGUCAGAUGGAUGCAUUCGUACUAGUCUUGAAAUGUUAUUAAGAGUUUUGGAAAGGAUAUUAACUGAUAAUUGCCAGUAAUUUCUGUGGACUAUCUGUUUGGGUACAGGACUUAUUUAAAGGUAUAGUUUGGGAUAAGCCCCUUUAUAUACUUCCCCAAAGUCUGUUUUAUUUAGAGUUAGCAAUUGCAAUGACGCUAGCAACUUCCUUCAAACUGCACUCGGAUACAUAAAAAUUGUAUCCACAAGUUCAUCUGACCCUGGGGAAGUAGAUAAAGGGCCAAAAUUGCCUUAAUUGCCAAAAUCCCGAACUAUCCUGAGGGGGUUGUGUUUGACAACUACCUAUGGAGAGCACUGCAGUCCAGCAAAAGAUCAGUCUUAAAACUCUCAGCUCCACAACCACAAAUUAAACAUCACUCAACACCCUGUCUCUGUGUUGGCCAACAGUUCUGUGUGUGUUUGAUUGAUGGAAAGUCUGUUUUAUGUCUACCUGUUAAGGGAUAGGAAAUAAAGAAACUACUUUGUUGAUUGAAGUAGUCACUUAGGGUGAUUGGCUCUUCUGAGAAAUGCACGAUUAGUACACUUUAGUUGAUUUUAUGGCUGAUAACAACAUGUCAUAUACUUUCUCCUGUUAUGAUUAUGCUUUACAUUUAUGGUUGCAGUUAUUUUCAGAGUGCAAAAUGAUAUAGUGAAGUAUUCCAGUGACUGUUAGAUUCUAGGUCUCAACCAAUGGCCUUUUUUGGACUCACUCAACCAUAGCCAUGUGAUUAAAGGGAUACUUUGAGAUUUUGGCAAUGAGGCCCUUUGUAGUUCCCCAGCAUACUAGCAGAUACCCAUAGACUUCCAGUCAUUGUGCUAACGCUAGUUAGCAUUGGCUCGCGAAACUACCUCUAACUUCCUUCAUGUUGGGCACAGAGACAUACAAAUUCAUCUGACUCUGGGGAAGUAGAUAAAGUAGAUACAUACAGUGCAUUCGGAAAGCAUUCAGAACCCUUGACUUUUUCCACAUUUUGUUACAUUACAACAUUAUUCUAAAAUUGAUUAAAUUGUUUUUUUUCCCUCAUCAAGCUACACACAAUACCCCAUAAUGACACGUUGUAGAAACAUCUCAAGGAUGAUCAAUGGAAACAGGAUGCACCUGAGCUCAAUUUUGGACUCUCAUAGCAAAGGGUCUGAAUCCUUAUGUAAAUAAGGUAUUUUGUUGAUAUUUCUUUAUACAUUUCAGCAAAAAAUGUAAAGCCUGUUUUCACUUUGGAUUAUGGAUUAUUUCGAUGAGGAGAUUGAUGAGAAAAUUAUGUAAUCCUUUUUUGAAUAAGGCUGUAACGUAACAAAAUGUGGAAAAAGUCAAGGGGUCUGAAUACUUUCCGAAUGCACUGUAUCCCUUUAAGUCCAAUUGCCUCCUCUGCUUCAGCAUUUUUAUGGGCCAUUUUUGUCUCCCUGUGUUUUUUUGUAACAUAUGCUAUUCCAUGUUCCAUCGACUUGCUAACUGCAGAGUAGAAACCCACAAAGAGCAACAAUUUCAACUCAGUGGGGCAGAAAGGGAAGUUAGGAAUGACUCAGCUUUCCAAGGGUCUUAUUACUGUAUCUACAUUUUCUCUCUGCCACGUUUGUGUGUCCGGAUAAAAAAUUGAUUGCUACUUACCCCUGCCAAACUAAUGAGAGGUAGCAUAAUAAUUAUGUAAAUCUAAGAAAUACUUAAGCACUCUGGAGAUAUUUCUAUUGAAACCAUAAAGGCAUACAAAGCUCUCUUCAAAACCUCUUCUCUCCAUUUCAAAAGUCUCUGCUUUAAAUUCGAUACUGUUUUGUCCUGCUCUGACCCUUACGUGACAAUAAUCCUCUCGACUACAUACUCCACCCCUCCUGAAAUUAAAUUGUAUGCAAUGAUCUGUAUAUUCGGAGUGUGAGAUUAAAAUGACUUCCUAUUCAAAUGUAUUCAGAGGAUGCAUUUGGUCUACAAUUUUAUUUGCUCUCUUGCGAGCGAGCAGCAGAUUUCUGGGCUACAGUGCCACACUGUGACUGCUCAUCCUUGUCCCCCCUCCCUCCCUCCCUCCUCUCACGUAGGGGCCUCUCCAUGGUGAACCAGGCCAGCAGACAGGCGGCAGGGUGGCAGCCCAGACCCUCAGGCAGCUGUCACUGUGAUUUCCCCUUCUCCUCUAAUUCCCUACCUCCUCUUUUCUAUCACUCCUUGGAACACGCCAUCCCAGCUCCUUGACCCUAAGCUGCCUGUCAACCCACUGCCACCCUCAGCCCGUCAACUUGAUUUAACAGACACGUCCCGUGCUGAGGAAACUUCAGUCAAAGUGCCACUCAUGGUUUGUUAUUAAGAUGAUGUGAUGCACACAAGAGAGAGUAAAGAGAGUUCCUAGUUGUGUUGUUAGAGUCGAAGCAGCUGUGUUGUGUAACCUAGGCAUCCCUUGCCUGAUCAAACAGCUUGUAGCUAGAGAUCCCUACUUCCGCUGGCAGUUACCAUGGUAUCCCUUCAGGAGGACAGAUGGACAUGUCAAAGCUGUUGCCAAUUUAGGCCUACCUUUGUCUUCUUCUUCAAAACCUCCUCUGUAACUACACAGUUACUCUUAGAUAACUUUAUAACUGUUAAUACACAGUACCUAUUCCUUUCUACAGUCCCAUGCUCUGCUUUAUUAUAACCUUUGACCCCUUCUUUCUGCAGUUGGGAUGAGAGCAGCUCUAUCAGCAGUGGGCUCAGCGAUGGCUCUGUAGACAACCUCAGCUCUGAAGAGUUCAACGCCAGCUCCUCCCUCAACUCCCUGCCCACCACACCCCUCGGCUCCAGACGCAACUCCUCUGUCAUGGUGAGUAAAGGCCACAUUCAAUCACAACAACCUUAGCUAGGUUUAUGCACUUCUGUUUACAAACAAUGGAGGCUACUAUCUGCACACACACACAGUAAGCAGAUACUGGUAUUUUGAGAAAAUCAUACUCUAGUAGAUUUAAGGGAACAACUUGUUUCUGUUUGAGUUAUGGAAGAACACAGUUAAAUAAGUCCUUUGUCCUCAAAAGUUUACGUCAGUAUUUCAGACUGACAUUGCACCCAUUGCCCCGUCUCACUGUCCUCCUGCCUGCCUGUGUCUUUGAUUCACCCUCUGCAGAAGCGUGUCAAAUCUGCCUGAGUCAUUUGGGUCCCAAAGAAGCAGUUCACAUGACAGACACUGCAAUGUCAUUAAAUCAGAAAUAGUUUAAGUGUUACUAGAUUAAAUGAACUCAUUAGGAAUUUGGGGCACCACGGGUUUGAGAGUGUGAUUUGAAGGAGUCAGGCGCAGGAGGGUAAAUCACAGAAUACAGAGUUUAUUCCGUAGUACACAGUUACGCUGGAUAGCGUCAACAGUCCUGUGUGCAAAACAGGUGCACUGGAACAAAUACAGGCACACGGGGAAAAUAUACCCCGGCAAUACAACGUACAGGUAGCUCCACCGAGCUACACUCAUCUCACAUGAAACAAUCACCCACAAGGACAAGGGGGCAGAGGGAACACUUAUACAUGUACUAAUGAGGGGAAUAUGAACCAGGUGUGUGUAAUUGACAAGACAAGACAAAUGGAAUGAUGAGAUAUGGAGCGGCAGUGGCUAGAUGGCCAGUGACGACGAACGCCGAAGGCUGCCCGAACAAGGAGGGGAGGCAGCUUCGGAGGAAGUCGUGACAUUACCCUCCCCAUUGACGCGCAGCUCCAGCAGGAGGACGCGGAGCAAGGCGAGCCGGAUGGUGAGGAGAGACACAUGAAACGAGGGGUUAAACGUAAUCAGGGGGGAGUAAUAACCUAUAGGUAACCUCGUUGAUUCUCCUCAGGACUUUGAACGGACCCACAAACCGCGGCCUCAGCUACCGGCAGGGCAGGCGGAGGGGCAGAUUCCGGGUCGAGAGCCAGACCCGAUCACCCGGUACGAAGACCGGGGCCUCACUGCGGUGGUGGUCAGCGUUGGCCUUCUGACGACGCACGGCACGUUGGAGGUGGACGUGGGCAGCGUCCAACGUCUCCUCCGCGCACCGAAACCAAUCAUCCACUGCAGGAGCCUCGGUCUGGCUCUGGUGCCACGGUGCCAGAACCGGUUGGUAACCUAAAACACAUUGGAAUGGUGUUAGGUUAGUGGAGGAGUGACGGAGAGAGUUCUGGGCAUAUUCGGCCCAUGGCAAGAACACCGACCACUCCUCCGGCCGGUCCUGGCAGUAGGACCGCAGGAACCUACCCACAUCCUGAUUCACCUGUUCCACCUGCCCAUUAGACUCGGGGAGGAAACCAGAGGUCAGGCUGACCGAGACCCCCAGACGUUCCAUGAAUGCCUUCCAGACCUUGGAUGUGAACUCUGGACCUCGGUCAGACACUAUAUCCUCUGGUACCCUGUAGUGCCGGAAGACGUGUGUAAACAGGGCCUCCACAGUUUGCAGGGCCAUGGGGAGACUGGGCAGAAGAAGGAGGCAGCAGGCCUUGGAAAAGCGGUCCACAAUGACCAGGAUGGUGGUGUUACCUUGGGAGAGGGGAAGAUCAGUCAGGAAAUCAACACUCAGAUGAGACCAUGGUCGUUGUGGAACUGGUAAAGGUUGUAACUUACCCGCUGGGAGGUGCCUAGGUGCCUUACUCUGGGCGCACACUGAGCAGGAGGAGACAUACACCCUCACGUCCUUAGCCAAGGUAGGCCACCAGUACUUUCCAGUCAGGCAGCACACUGUACGACCGAUAGAUCAGAUGAUCACGGAUAAGAGCAGGCACGUACUGCAGCCCAGCUGGACACUGAGGUGGAGAUGGCUCUGUGCGUAACGCCUGCUCUAUAUCCGCGUCCAUCGCCCAUACUACCGGCGCCACAAUGCAGGAGGCCGGGAGUAUGGGGGUGUUGUCUCUGGGCCUCUCCUCUGUGUCAUACAGCCGUAACAAUGCGUCUGCCUUCAUGUUCUUCGUACCCGGGAUGUAUGAUCGUGUGAAAUCAAACCGGGUGAAGAUUCAGCCUCCUCGCUGCCCGGAUGUACACCAGGUUACGGUGGUCCGUCCAGACGAGGAAAGGGUGUUUCGCCCCUUCGAGCCAAUGCCUCCACACGGUCAGGGCUCAGACAACAGCCAACAGCUCCUGAUCACCAAUGUCGUAGUUCUGCUCCGCCGGGCUGAGCUUCUUAGAGAAGAAGGCACAGGGGUGGAGCUUGGGUAGCGUGCCCGAGCGUUUAGAUAGGACAGCGCCUAUCCCUACCUCGGACGCAUCCACCUCCACUACGAACGGUAGUGAUGGAUCAGGGUGGGCCAGUACCGGGGCUGAGGUGAACAGACCCCUCAGGUUACUGAAGGCCCUGUCUGCCUCAGCAGACCAGCGGAGCCGGGAAGGCCCACCCUUCAACAGAGAUGUAAUGGGAGCUGCGACCUUGCCAAAGCCUCGGAUAAACCUCUGAUAGUAGUUGGCGAAGCCAAGAAAGUGCUGCACCUCGGCCAAUUACGCACGGCUGAAAUGUGAUCUCCCUCCAUCUCCACACCUGAGGUGGUAAUGCGGUAUCCGAGGAAGGAGACAGGCCGCUGGAAAAACAUACACUUCUCUGCCUUGGCAUAAAGGUCAUUUUCCAACAGUCGGGCCAGCACUUUGCGAACCAGGGACACAUGCUCGGUGCACGUAGCGGAAUAUACCAGAAUGUCAUCGAUGUAGACCACUACACCACGACCAAGCAUGUCCCGAAACACCUCGUUCACAAAGGACUGGAAGACGGAUGGAGCAUUCAUCAAACCAUAGGGCAUCACCAGGUAUUCAUAAUGCCCCGAGGUUGUGCUGAAUGCUGUCUUCCACUCAUCCCCCUCUCGGAUACAAACCAGGUUGUACGCACUCUGAUAUCUAAUUUGAAGCAGAAGCGCGCCCCAUGCAUUGACUCGAUCACAGAAGGAAUGAGGGGGAGAGGAUAACUCAAUCUUAUUGUCUCCUUGUUCAGUAGUCGAUAAUCAAUGCAAGGGCGCAGACCGCUGUCUUUCUUCUUCACAAAAAAGAAACUUGAGGAGGCGGGACGCAGGGAUUCGGUGACGUAUGUUUCCAUCCAUUUUUUUGGGUCUCCCGGACGCGGCCGGCUACGACAGAGCCUGGAUUCGAACCAGGAUCUCUAGUGGCACAGAUAGCACUGCGAUGCAGUGCCUUAGACCACUGCGCCACUCGGGAAGUUACAAUGUCCUUAUUCUUAGUUGUCUGUUUACUUUCAUUCAUUCUGGAAGUGGUCUUCUGAGGACGACUAAUCAGCCGUGUUAAUUAUCCUUUUUGGGGUGAUGAGAGCAGUGUAAUAGACGAUGGUUUGAAGAGAGGAAAAGGAUGGUCCCACUUAAAUUCACCUUCUUAGAUACAGUACUUAGAACAGCUACUCAGCCAUAACAUUGAUCGUUAGCGGAGGCAACUUUGUCGUCUUCACCUCGUGUUGAUCUUCAGGGUCGGAACCAAUAUGGACAAAAGCUGCAGCUUGAGGUCCGUCUAGUCUGAUCUGAUAAUUCUUAUCUCAAUCUUUAUGCACUUUGGUAAAGAGGGGCGUUUACGUCAUACUGACAUGCUGUCUGAGCUCCCUCGGCGUGGCUAGUUACGAGGCAAAAGUAUUAUUAUCACUAUGAUUUUGUUAGAAAGCUAAAAUCACAUUCCUAUCUUCACGAAAACAUUGUCUUCCUCCUUGAUAUUUUCUACCCAAGGUAAAGGAUGUAAGCCUGAUAUCCACAGUGUAAAAGCUCUUCAAGUCACAAUGUUUUCAUUAUAACGCCUUUAUAAAAUUUUGAAUGACAUCACAAAAUAUACAUUAAUUUUCUUUAUUCCAUUUCUCAUCAUUCCCAAUGUUUGGAUGUUGAAAUAUAUUGUCCCAAUGUUCAUUGUUGGAUGUUGAAGUUUUUGGGCGGCAAAAGUCUCUGAAACAAAGGACAUUCCUUUCACCAUACUAGGAUGCCAGAGAUAGAUUCUCCUAUCUCUAAUUUAUGGCAGUAUUAAGGUGUCAAGACCGGCGCAGUGGGUUAGAGGGUCUGGUUGUUGUCGGCCAUUUGCCAAGCUGAUGUGAGGCCUUUGAUCCUCACCCAAGGAGAGUCAUGACAAUGUGUUAUUGUGCACCACUGAAAGUUGUUUACAGCAAUGGGCUGCCCCAUUACCCACUCAUUUGAAAUCAAAGUGAUGUUUAAAAUUUUUAUUUAACACUGCAACAUCAUUCAUCCAACUUACAGUUGGUGGAAAUCUGAACUAGAUUUAAAGUCAAUUUUGUAGAUAGUUGACCCACUUUUGGUAGGUGACCUCUCAGGGGAAUAAACAGUCACUGAUAUCGCUUCAUAAGGCACUUCAAAUAGCCCUUUAGUAACCCCUUCACUAACCCUCACAUCACAAAUGAUAAAUGCAAACUUUCAGUAAUCAAUUACGUUUUGAGAAUACAGUACAUAUCUUAUUCUUCAUUGGCGUGGUAAGUACAGAGGUUCUCACUCUAUCCACAGGUGAAAAAUGCUUUUCAGACGGCUUGUCAAUUCUGGUGUUACUGUGGCAACACUGAUUCUUUCUUCUGUUCUCCUCCUCGUCCCAGAGAGAGCAUAUUGAUGAAGCAUGGGGAUUAGUAUAGCUGACUGAGCCAUCUGUCACUAUAUCACGUUAUGAGGAGCGCUGCCAAGACACACUGUGCCCAAUUCUCAAAGCAGCUAUAUACAGUAGACAUACAGUACAUUUUCCAGUGUAGCACCUGUCUAGAAAGAGUUUAGUUUUUUUCUGUGAUCAUAUUUUUGGAUGAUAGCUUACCACAGAAUUUCCCUGUCAUGGCUUAGUUGGUUUCAUGCUGUAGUUACUUGUACACUAAAGCAGUGUCAACCUUGUAUUAACAAACACUUCAGGGAUGGAUUAGGUGAAACAGCAUUGUGUCCAUGUUGUUUUAAUAAAUGAGUUUGGUGGUGCUUAACGAAGAGAAUAGCUGUGACUCAGUAGUUGUGCCCUACAGGAUGGUACUAUAUUGUUUUGGUCACUCCCAGCCUUGCCCGCUGUGCAGAAUAUUAUCAUAAGGAAAGGUCACAGUGAAUAAUUCUCAGUUGGUUCUAGUUUAAUUGGGCAGUUAAUAAUGUGCCUACCCUGCAUACGAUGAAAGAGCAGUACUUAUGUUACAGGGUUGCAGCCUGCAAAGAAGCCAGUUAUUUUCCCCGCUUAGAAAGAGGAGGGCAUUGAAAAACAGUGGUAAAAUAGCAGAGGCAAAAUGUUGGCAUUUGGAACCGAGUAAAUCAGCCCAGACUUACCAAGUUUUCAUGUAGCACAUGUCACCCGAAAUGCAUGUCACGAGUAUGUACUGUAAUGUGCCUUGAAAAUGUCAAGUCAAAACUCUGAUCAUCCAUGACGCACCAACAUUUGUGGGAUUCAAGAGAACACAUGAGCCAUGAUGCAUCCUUUCUAGUUCAAAUUACUACUGGGGUGAAAGUCUCAGUGACUUCAGAAAGAUCUCUGGUGUUAUACAGAAUAGGCUUAUCAGUACCUCCCACAUGCUCGCCCUGUGGAAUGCAGACAGACACAGACGGGACAGCAGAGAUUACUGAGCGUAAACUGAGGGUCUUCCACAGAUAACAAACACAGUAUCACACACACACAUAAACCUGGGUGUCUCUCACAUGACUCCAAAUAUUCAAUUUCAUUUCAGGAAAUGUAAAACUUCAAAAUAAAUAAAUAAAUGGUACUUUUUAAUUCCUAAAUCUGAAUUUCGAUGAAUCUUCUUCAUUGACUAAACUGACAUGGAAUUGACUCUAACCGUGUGUUUCCUAUUGUGACCCAGUGGAGGCUGCUGAGGGGAGGAGGCUCAUAAUAAUGGCUGGAACGGAGCUAAUGGAGUGGCAUCAAACACAUGGAAACCAUGUGUUUGAUGUAUUUGAUACCAUUCCACCAAUUCCGCUCCAGCCAUUACCACGAGCCCAUCCUCCCCAAUUAAGGAGCCACCAACCUCCUGUGUUGUGACCAUAUAAAUAGAAUAAAUACUUCCAUUUGCAGAGCACUUCAUGUUGAUGGUUAUGUCCCUGUCCUCAUGCAGCUCCGCACCGAUGCUGAGAAGCGCUCCCUGGUGGAGAGUGGCCUGUCCUGGUACAGCGAGGAUGCCAAGGCUGCACGCAAGAUGGACGGGAGCAGCUACGAGACGGGGAGCCUCAAAACCGAGACCCCCAGCAAGUGGAGGAAGUCCUCCAGACCCAUGGAGGGUGCUAGUGAGGAUGCGGGGGUCAAGGGGGAACUGAGGAAGCCCCAGAACCUGGGUCAGCCAGGGAACUUUAAAAAGGGGCGCAACCCUCCUGUGGGCGUGACCUCACCCAUUACCCACACCUCUCAGAGCGUCUUGAAAGUGGCAGGUGAGAUUGGAUCAUUUUUGUUUUCUCUCUCUCCCUCUCGGACCUACUUCUCACACUCAGACAUCCACACAUUUCUCUAUACAUUAAACACAUUUUUUGGGGUCCAGUCCUGUUGAGUUGGAAGUAACUUAGCAGUUUGAUGAUUAAGUAUGCCAUCAUUAUACAACCCCUAUUACUAGCCUGUUCAACCUCUCUUUCAUAACGUCUGAGAUCCCCAGAGAUUGGAAAGCUGCCGCGGUCAUCCCCGUCUUCAAAGGGGGUGACACUCUAGAUCCAAACUGUUACAGACCUAUAUCGAUCCUGCCCUGCCUUUCUAAAGUUUUUGAAAGCCAAGUUAACAAACAGAUCACCGACCAUUUCGAAUCCCACCGUACCUUCUCCGCUAUGCAAUCCGGUUUCCGAGCUGGUCAUGGGUGCACCUCAGCCACGCUCAAGGUCUUAAACGAUAUCAUAACCUCAAUCGAUAAUAGACAGUACUGUGCAGCCGUCUUCAUCGACCUGGCCAAGGCUUUCGACUCUGUCAACCACCGCAUUCUUAUUGGCAGACUAAAUAGCCUUGGUUUCUCAAAUGACUGCCUCGCCUGGUUCACCAACUACUUCUCAGAUAGAGUUCCAUGUGUCAAAUCGGAGGACCUGUUGUCUGGACCUAUGGCAGUCUCUAUGGGGGUGCCACAGGGUUCAAUUCUCGGGCCGACUCUUUUCUCUGUGUAUAUCAAUGAUGUCCCUCUUGCUGCUGGUGACUCUCAGAUCCACCUCUACGCAGACGACACCAUUUUGUAUACAUCUGGCCCUUCAUUGGACACUGUGUUAACAAACCUCCAAACGAGCUUCAAUGCCAUACAACACUCCUUCCGUAGCCUCCAACUGCUCUUAAACACUAGUAAAACUAAAUGCAUGCUCUUCAAUCGAACGCUGCUGGCACACGCCCACCCGACUAGUAUCACUACUCUCGGCGGGUCUGACCUAGAGUAUGUGGACAACUACAAAUACCUAGGUGUCUGGUUAGACUGUAAACUAUCCUUCCAGACUCACAUUAAGCAUCUCCAAUCCAAAGUUAAAUCUAGAAUCGGCUUCCUAUUUCGCAACAAAGCCUCCUUCACUCAUGCAGCCAAACAUGCCCUCGUUAAACUGACUAUCCUACCGAUCCUUGACUUUGGCGAUGUCAUUUACAAAAUAGCCUCCAACCACUCUACUCAGCAAAUUGGAUGUAGUCUAUCACAGUGCCAUCCGUUUUGUCACCAAAGCCCCAUAUACUACCCACCACUGUGACCUGUACGCUCUUGUUGGCUGGUCCUCACUACAUAUUCGUCGCCAAACCCACUGGCUCCAGGUCAUCUAUAAAUCACUGCUAGGCAAAUCCCCGCCUUAUCUUAGCUCAUUGGUCACCAUAGCAACACCCACCCGUAGUAUGCAGGUAUAUCUCACUGGUCAUCCCCAAAGCCAACAACUCCUUUGGCCGCCAUUCCUUCCAGUUCUCUGCUGCCAAUGACUGGAACGAACUGCAAAAAUAUCUGAAGCUGGAGACUCUUAUCUCCCUCACUAACUUUAAGCAUCAGUUGUCAGAGCACCUUACCGAUCACUGCACCUGUACACAGCUCUUCUGAAAUUAGCCCACCCAACUACCUCAUCCCCAUAUUGUUAUUUAUUUUGCUCAUUUGCACCCCAGUAUCUCCAUUUGCACAUCAUCUCUUGCACAUAUAUCAUUCCAGUGUUAAUACUAAAUUGUAAUUAUUUUGCACUAUGGCCUAUUUGUUGCCUUACCUCCAUAACUUGCUACAUUUGCACACACUGUAUAUAUAUUUUUCUGUUGUAUUUUUGACUUUAUGUAUUUUUUACCCCAUAUGUAACUCUGUGUUGUUGUUUUUUAUCGCACUGCUUUGCUUUAUCUUGGCCAGGUCGCAGUUAUAAAUGAGAACUUGUUCUCAACUGGCUUACCUGGUUAAAUAAAGGCGAAAUAAAAUAAAAAAUGAAAUAAAAAAUAUUCCAAGUGAGUGCUAUACAGGAAAGACUUUAAGGGUUUUUACUUCAUGCGUUAAUAAAGAGUGUGUUUGUGUUAAAGUAGAAGUAUAAAUGGCGAGGAAACAUAGGGAAGAAACAUGAAUGUUCACUUGUUUUGCAAGAUAUCCUUGUCAUCCAUAACCUCCCCUAAAUGGAUUCCACAUGGAAAAUCAAGUCUGUUUGUAGAGUAGCAACAGCCAGCGGAUAUCUGCUUGAUAUCAAAUGAAAUGUAGCAAGGCACUCUGGCUCUCUGUGCCAGUUUGAUUGGUAGGUCUACUGUAGUACUGUACAGGAACACUGAGAAUACAUUAUACUGUACAGGAACACUGAGAAUGCAUUAUACUGUACAGGAACACUGAGAAUGCAUUAUAAUGUACAGGAACACUGAGAAUACAUUAUACUGUACAGGAACACUGAGAAUACAUUAUACUGUACAGGAACACUGAGAAUACAUUAUACUGUACAGGAACACUGAGAAUGCAUUAUACUGUACAGUGUAUUCCAUGCAGAACUGGGCUCAUCUUUGUGGGUUUCCCUCUUGGUUCAUCUUCCUAUGUUUCUUGUCAAAAACAAACUGACUUCAGAGAAUCACUGUCUGUGAAGCAUUUUCAGUUUUUGAACAUAUUUUCAUAUUUUUGCAUUACCUUAAUUUGAAGACUAUGGAUAUUUCAUGAACCUUCAUGGGCAGAAUCAGUGGAAAAAUGAAACUUAAACAGAAACCAACACAGUAUAGUGCACAGUGCAGCAUGACAUUUCAAAUGGCCAGUGUGUGUUUGUGAAUAUCUUUAUGAAUGGUGUCUUUUAAGACUGGAUCUGCUGCUAUAUGACUGCUGCUAUUGAGGCAGCAUAUCCCCUAAAUCAGCUUUUUCUCUGAUUCAUAGUUUAAUUAAAUAAAUAUUUUCAGACUGAGACAUAGGAAGAGUGUGCAGUGUAGUGUAUUACCUUUUACACAGAUUACAAUGAUGUGUAGUGACUCAUCCGUCUGAUCACUGCAGUUAAAUUUCCUGACUGAUGCAAUUUAUUGCAAUGCCCUCUACCACGUAUUUAGCUGAUUUAAUGUGGCUGAUUAUAAGGAGGUUCUAAGUGUCCAUUAUGUUUUUUGGCAUCAUUCUCUAGGAUAAAAAUGCAGUCUUGAGAUAUUCACACACAUAGAGUAUUUUGUUUUUACCCCCCCCCCCCCCCACCAAUCAAUUAUGCUGCUCUAUAUGUCUGAUUGUAUCUUGCUCUCCAAUGAUGGUUGCCAAGUGAGGAUUUUAUACAUGGGAAAGACUGGGAGCUAUUUUACUAGGGUUUGCUUUUGCUUUGUCAACUCGCUUUCUCCAUUUCUCCCUUUCCCUGACUGAGUAACAUGAACUGUUACUUUAUGCGCCUGUGAUAUAAGAGCAAUCAUUUAUGCACUGAUGUGUCUGAAAAACAUUAAGCAUGUCAAUUUGAGUAACUUGUCCAUUACAAGUUGCCAGAAUAAUGUCAAUGCACAAUCCACAGAGUGCCAUUAAUAAAACGACCAACUUUUCCCUCAUUUUGUCCGGUCGCCAAAGUUAUUGGGCGUUGCAUUUCUUCACGUCUUGGUCAAGGGCCCAGUUUGUCACACAGACCGGUCUCCAAUACUUUAGAUAGAUUUGUGUAUCUGUAUGUCGGUGACUCGCCCUCUUCAUAUAAACCAUCUGUUAGUAAAUACAGAUGUUUCUUGCUUGUACGUUGACUCUGCUCUAAUAACAUGAGUUUAUAUGCAGCUGCUUUCAUGUGACCAAAUUUAGCCAUUUAGCCAUAUUGUAUGGUUCUGGUCAUCGAUGACUCCUCUGAUUCCAACUGAUUUCUCUGAUUCAUCCAACAUUAGUCACAAUGAUUUCAUCCUCAUCCAGCCAGUUCACUGAUGCUUUCUUUUACUCUUUCGAUAUUUCUGGGUAGGUUCACAUUCAGCUGCACUCAUUAUCACAGCUUAUUAGCCGACAGAUAAUUACUCUGUAAUGUAAUCUCAUCUAAACUCUAUAUCUAUCUAUCUCUGUGUCUGCAGCACCAAAGUGUGACCACAAGGUGGUGGACAAGACCAAGAUGUCUGUGAAGGCUGCUGGGCUGCAGCGCUCCCGUUCCGACGCCGGGAGAGAACACCUCCCGGAGCACCGGGAACACCGCAAGCCCCCGUCAGGCCUGGUCAAGCCCUCCGCCGGGGCCUCGUUUGGCUACAAGAAGUCCCCAACUACCGGCACUGCCACCGUCAUGACAGCAGGGGGCAGCACCAUCUCUAGUGGCUCUGCCACCGUGGGCAAGAUGCCCAAGUCCUCUGGCAUCCCUGUGAAGCCGAUGGGUGUAGGAGGGGGAGGAAGAGGGGGGCAUAAGAACAGCUUUGACGCCACAGGCAGUGAGGAGGGGGGCUUUCUGGGGCCCAACGCACGUAACAGCCUCCAGUACCGCAGCCUGCCGCGCCCUGCCAAGUCCAGCACCCUCAGCCUGAUCGGCCGCCCUGGGUCGGCCCGGCCCGCCAGCAGCAGCAUCGACUCCAGCCUGCUGAGCCUGAAGCCUGUCUCCAUGGCCUGCCCUGGCCCCAAGGGGAAAGAGCCCGGCAGUGGAAGCACUAAGGGGGCCAGUCGAGGCGGGAGCACAGGCCCUGUCAACCAGACAGACCGGGAGAAGGAGAAGGAGAGAGCUAAGGCCAAGGCAGUGGCGUCUGAUAUGGACUCCCUGUGUGGCUCCCUGAAAAUGGAAGACUGUCAGGGGGAUUCUACUGGGGAGGCCAGCACCAAACUGCAGGGACUUCGGAGGGCCAGUAGCAGCAAAUACCCCGAGCUCUCCUCGCCCACCACUCAGAGGUAAAUUCACCAUCAUGAUACAUUCUCACACUGUUAAAGUCCUACAGUACGUUAAAUGGUUCAACUUUUAGUAACAGUACUCCUUUUGCUGUGGUAUGGUGUUUCUAGAAUCAGCUAUGUAGUCAUGUGUUAGUAUUGACUCAGUUUGCUCAGCUGAAUGUUCUAAGACAUUUUAUGAAGAGUUGCUGUGUAAUGUUUCUUAACCACUUAAACCGCUUAAAAUAGACAUAUGAGAACAACACCGCAAGAAAACAAGGAACUGGCAUUUUGUGUGCUGUGUUUUGCACUCAUGUCUUAUUCAUGCCAGCCUGAGAACAGGACCAGACCAGUAGGGUUUCUGGAGCCGUCCUGGUGCUGUAUGGUGCUGGAUCUGACAUUCUGUGUCUCGUGUCUAAUUCAUAGGAUGCUGAGCUGCAAGUCUCUGGGUCGGCCACCCAGCCUUGCCCACCUGGACAAGGUCAACUCCAACAGCCUGGAUUCGUGUGUGACCAUCCAGGACCUCCCUCCCAAAGUGCCCCCCUACUCUAAGCUCCAGGACCUGGCCGGGUCCGGGUCACGCAGCCCGGCCCCCCGGGGCCUCACCCCUAGCCCAGCCCCCGUCCUGCACUUGGACUCCCCCAGCUGCUACCCCAGCCAGACCCUGUCCCUGGGGGGCUCUCCACUGCUGUACCCCAAACUGUCUGGCCUGCACCGUAGCAUGGAGUCCCUGCCCCUCACCAUGAGUGUUCCUCCCAGUGGAGGAUAUAUCCGGGCAGAGUCCCGAGACAGGGACAGCGAUAGGGAGGAGAUGAGGGGCACAGGGACCUGGGGUGCUGGGAGCAGGACCUCCCUCAAUCUCCCAGAUAGGUGGGUCUCGACAGGAGUAACACCAUGAUGAUGGGGUGGCAUGGGUUGGGUAACCCUGUGCUUGUGGGGGGUGUCUUCACCAGUCUCACUAACGCAGCAGUCAGUAUCUGUAUGUAGCAACGUAGAAUGAUCAAACUAUGCUACCUUAUUUCUACUGCAACUGAGAUAUUAUUAAUAGCAAGAGGUUCUGUGAUUGAACCAAAAAAAAUCUACAGGUUUACCACUGGUUGAUCAUGGAUUGUUUGAUAGCAGAAAAGGUCAUCUUUGUUUUCUUUCUCUACCAGUUUGCAAACAGACAGGAACACCUUACCUAAGAAAGGAUUAGGGUAUGUCAAGUAAGUUUCUCAUAGUUUCCCGCCACAUUUGCUUAAUCAAAUGAUGUAGUAUCUUAAUCGUCCUAGGCGCAUGUUUAAUUGUUGCUCUCUUCUCCAUGUCCUGCUCCAGUCGCUACAGCUCUGGUCCGUCUGAGGGUCAGUCGGAGGGGAAGGAGAGGCGUCACUCCCACACUGCAGUGAGCCUGACGGAGAGCGAGAGCCCCCCUCAGCUGCCAUCGCCCACCCACAUGCCACACCUCUCCUCUGGCAAGGCCGUCCUCACUAACGUCGGUGAGUCUCAGUCUACUUUCGUCCAUCUACUGUCCUCCAGCUCCAAUGACUGACUGACAAACUCUGUCUAACUCUAAACUCUCAUUUCGAAAGAAAAUCUAUUUAUUUUGUCCAUUAAAAUAACAUCAAAUUGAUCAGAAAUACAGUGUAGACAUUUUUAAUAUUGUAAAUGGCUAUUGUAGACUCCGGGAUGCUGACCUUCUAGGCAGAGUUGCAAAGAAAAAGCCAUAUCUCAGACUUGCCAGUAAAAAUAAAAGAUUAAGAUGGGCAGUCUGAGAUAUACAGUUGAAGUCGGAAGUUUACAUACACCUUAGCCAAAUACAACGAAACUCAUUUAUUCACAAUUCCUGACAUUUAAUCCUAGUAAAAAUUCCCUGUCUUAGGUCAGUUAGGAUCACCACUUUAUUUUAAGAAUGUGAAAUGUCAGAAUAAUAGUAAAGAUAAUUAUUUAUUUCAGCUUUUAUAUCUUUCACCACAUUCCCAGUGGGUCAGAAGUUUACAUACACUCAAUUAUAAUUUGGUAGCAUUGCCUUUACAUUGUUUAACUUGGGUCAAAUGUUUCGGGUAGCCUUCCACAAGCUUCCCACAGUAAGUUGGGUGAAUUUUGGCCCAUUCCUCCUGACAGAGCUGGUGUAACUGAGUCAGGUUUGUAGGCCUCCUUGCUCGCACACGCUUUUUCAGUUCUGCCCACAAUUUUUCCUUAGGAUUGAGGUAAGGGCUUUGUGAUGGCUACUCCAAUACCUUGACUUUGUUGUCCUUAAGCCAUUUUGCCACAACUUUGGAAGUAUGCUUGGGGUCAUUGUCCAUUUGGAAGACCCAUUUGUGACCAAGCAUUAACUUCCUGACUGAUGUCUUGAGAUGUUGCUUCAAUAUAUCCACAUACUUUUCCUUCCUCAUGAUGCUAUCUAUUUUAUGAAGUGCACCAGUCCCUCCUGCAGCAAAGCACCCCCACAGCAUGAUGCUGCCACCCCCGUGCUUCACAGUUGGGAUGGUGUUCUACGGCUUGCAAGACCCCCCUUUUUCCUCCAAACAUAACGAUGGUCAUUAUGGCAAAACAGUUCUAUUUUUGUUUCAUCAGACCAGAGGACAUUUCUCCAAAAAGUACGAUCUUUGUCCCCAUGUGCAGUUGCAAACCGUACUCUGGCUUUAUUAUGGCGGUGUUGGAGCAGUGGCUUCUUCCUUGCUGAGCGGCCUUUCAGGUUAUGUCGAUAUAGGACUCGUUUUACUGUGGAUAUGGAUGCUUUUGUACCUGUUUCCUCCAGCAUCUUCACAAGGUCCUUUGCUGUUGUUCUGGGAUUGAUUUGCACUUUUCACACCAAAGUACGUUCAUCUCUAGGAGACAGAACGUGUCUCCUUCUCGAGUGGUAUGAUGGCUGCGUGGUCCCAUGGUGUUUAUACUUGCGUACUAUUGUUUGUACAGAUGAACGUGAUACCUUCAGGCGUUUGAAAAUUGCUCCCAAGGAUGAACCAGACCUUUGGAGGUCUACAAUUCUUUUUCUGAGGUCUUGGCUGAUUUCUUUAGAUUUUCCCAUGAUGUCAAGCAAAGAAGCACUGAGUUUGAAAGUAGGCCUUGAAAUACAUCCACAGGUACACCUCCAAUUGACUCAAAUUAUGUCAAUUAGCCUAUCAGAAGCUUCUAAAGCCAUGACAUCAUUUUCUGGAAUUUUCCAAGUUGUUUAAAGGCACAGUAAACUUCUGACCCACUGGAAUUGUGAUACAGUGAAUUAUAAGUGAAAUAAUCUGUCUGUAAACAAUUGUUGGAAAAAUUACUUGUGUCAUGCACAAAGUAGAUGUCCUAACCGACUUGCCAAAACUAUAGUUUGUUAACAAGAAAUUUGUGGAGUGGUUGAAAAAUGAGUUUUAAUGACUCCAACCUAAGUGUAUGUAGACUUCCAACUUCAACUGUAUGUACACUAUAUGACCAAAAGUAUGUGGACACCUGCUCGUCUAACAUCUCAUUCCAAAACCCUUUACUGCCGCUCUUCUGGGAAGGGUUUCCACUGCUGCAGGGACUUGCUUCCAUUCAGCCACAAGAGCAUUAGUUAGGUCGGGUAUUGAUGUUUGGCGAUUAGGCUGGCUCGCAGUCGACAUACCAAUUCAGCCCAUAGGUGUUCGAUGGAGUUAAGGUCAGGGCUCUGUGCAGGCCAGUCAAGUUGUUCCACACCGAUCACAACAAACCAUUUCUGUAUGGACCUCGCUUUGUGCACGGGGGCAUUGUCAUGCUGAAACAGGAAAGGGCCUUCCCCAAACUGUUGCUACAAAGUUGAAAGCACACAAUCGUCUAGAAUGUAAUUGUAUGCUGUAGCGUUAAGAUUUCCCUCCAUCAAACUUUACAGUUGGCACUAUGCAUUGGGGCAGGUAGCGUUCUCCUGGCAUCCGCCAAACCCAGAUUCGUCCGUCGGACUGCCAGAUGGUGAAGCGUGAUUAAUCUCUCCAGAGAACGCGUUUCCACUGCUUCAGAGUCCAAUGGCAGCGAGCUUAACACCACUUCAGCCAACGCUUGGCAUUGCGCAUGGUGAUCUUAGUCUUAUGUGCAGCUGCUCGGCCAUGGAAACCCAUUUUUGAACCUCCCGAUGAACAGUUAUUGUGCUGACGUUGUUUCCAGGGGCAGUUUGGAACUCGGUAGUGAGUGUUGCAACCGAGGACAGACGAUUUUUACUCGCCAAUCCCGUUCUGUGAGCUUGUGUGGCCUACCACUUUGCGGCUGAGCCGUUGUUGCUCCUAAAUGUUUCCACUUCACAAUAACAGCACUUACAGUUGACCGGGGGAGCUCUAGCAGGGAAGACAUUUGACGAACUGACUUGUUGUAUAAAAGUAUGUGGACACCCCUUCAAAUUGUGGAUUCGGCUAUUUCAGCCACACCCGUUGCUGACAGGUGUAUAAAAUUGAGCACACAGCCAUGCAAUCUCCAAAGACAAAUAAUGGCACUGCUAGAGCUGCCCCGGUCAACUGUAUGUGCUGUUAUUGUGAAGUGGAAACAUCUAUGAGCAACAAUGGCUCAGCCGCAAAGCAGUAUGCCACACAAGUUAACAGAAAGGGAUCGCCGAGUGCUGAAGCGCGUAACGUGUAAAAAUCGUCUGUCCUAUAUUGUAUAUAUCAUGUUGACUGUUGUGGACCCUGAGUGUCUCUUUAUACUGAGUCACCAGGGUUGUUUGUGUGUGUUUGCGCACGUGUGCAUGCAGGUAUGUGUGAGUGCGUGAGUAUGUGGUGUAGUUACAUGCCUCAUUGUACUGUGUCAGUUUGCCUCUUACCCAUCCCAACCUUCCUGUCUUCCAAGUUGCCCCCAUCCCGAGCGGUGCCCCCAGGAUAACCCGCUCCAACAGUAUCCCCACCAAUGACGCGGCCUUCGACCUGUACGGCUCCUCUCCACUGGGCAGCAGCGUGUCACUGGCCGACCGGCCCAAGAGCAUGAUGCGCUCUGGAUCCUUCCGCGAGCCCGGGGAUGACUGUGAGACAGCUAGCACAUGUAAGAUACCUGUAUACAGAUAUAUCAUUCCUUUCUUAUGGCUAGCCGCUAUGGCUCCAUUUCUAAGGCUAGCCCCUUUUGGGUUGUCAUUCUACUACUGGGGCCCUCAGUUGAUAAAGGUCAACUCAGGAAAUGAAUUGAAAUUCCAAUUGCCAUUUGAGUGAGUGUGUUGAGUUUUUAUGACUUGGAAUUUCUAUUUUCUUUACUCCCUGAAUAUAUUUUAGGGAAACUGAACAUUCCCCUGAUGUUGCAGACCCAGGGCUAGACAACCCUUGAGUAUAGUAGUGUCCUUGAGGCUGUGUUCCUUGUACAGAGAGAGGGAGAGGGAGGGAGCGGGUGAGGCAGUGAGCGAGAGAAAUUGAGUGCCUCCAUGUUAGAGUUAUGUGAAGGUAUAAUGAGGUGACCCGGUUUGUCUCUAUCACUUCUCUGAAGUCAUUUAUCUCUUCUUCAACGUUGUCUGCGUUGGAUUAUGCUGUAUGUUGUUUUCUAUGAAGUACUUAUAUACUGCCACAAGUAAACUGUAAUUUAUACCUUGUUGUAAAUCUACACACACACAGUAGCAGAUUUAUUGGAUACAACGUUGUGUUUAAAAAUCUGAACAAUGAUAGAUGAGUGAUAUUGUUAGCAUAUUCUGUGAGGUAUGGAGAUGGCAUAUUUCAGUACUAAACCAUGUUAUGUAUUAUUCUCUCUUUUUCUACCUCUUUUAGUCCAUGGCUCUGUCCUGUCCUUGGCAUCCAACGCUUCAUCAAACUAUUCCUCUGUGAGUAAUAUCAUUAUUUAAUAAUACAGAAAUAGUUAUUGUGCUCAGCUGUUGUGUGCCCACAGGGCGUACUUUCAUGAUUAUAACUGUUGGACCCUUCACAAUGACAUGACUGUGUGUGAUACAACCAGAACAGUACCAGGCCUGGCCAGCCAACUGUACAAAUACAGCCAUGUACAGUAGUUUUGUGAGGUGAGAUGUUGCCACUGAGGCGUUCCAGAGCUGAAACCUUGUUCAAAGACUACCUUUUACCUCAGAACAUUGGGUUUUCUCACCUUUUCCAAAUUUGCCCAUUGUUAACAUACAGGUAACUGCCAAAAUAAAGGAAACACUUCAGUAAAUGAGGGAUACAAAGUAUAUUGAAAGCAGGUGCUUCCACAUGGGUGUGGUUCCUGAGUUAAUUAAGCAAUUAACAUCCCAUCAUGCUUAGGGUCAUUAUUUGGGCUACCAUGUCUAGAAGGCGAGAUCUCAGUGACUUUGAAAGAGGGGUCUCAAAGGACCAUAGCAGGUUUAAAGGGUGUGUGUGCAUGUGUGUGUGUGUGUGUGUGUCUCAGUCACCAGAUCUCAACCCAAUUGAACACUUAUGCGAGAUUCUGGAGCGGCGCCUGAGACAGCGUUUUCCACCAUCAUCAACAAACACAAAAUUAUAGAAUUUCAAGUGGAAGAAUGGUGUCGCAUCCCUCCAAUAUGCUGCGUUUACACAGGCAGCCUAAUUCUGAUAUUUUUACCACUAAUUGGUCUUUUGACCAAUCACAUCAGGGGCUGUAUUUUAACAAACCUAACGCAAUGGUAAAUCUUAUGUGCUGGCGGUAGUGCUAUAGGUUCGGGGGGGUGUCAGAAAUAUUUGUGCUAUUUUCUCAACCAGAAUUAUGGGCCCAGCAGCUGGUGGUGGCUUGAAAAGGCUGGGUUUUGACAAAUAAACAAGUUGAAGGUAUGUUGAGGCUUGACCCCUUACUGGCCAAUCAGAACAUGCUCCAUGGGUAAAUAUGUUUUACGGUCUUUUAUGUAUUGCGUUGUCAUCAACUCCAAUUCGAAUGAUAGUCCGUUAUAGCCUAGUUUGCCUUGUCUGUUAUAGCCUAACCCUAACCUUUACCAAACCAUUUAAAAUGUCAACUUCAAUGGGGUAGGGACGUCCCAAGGAACCAUUAUAGCAAGGACCUUUGUUAAAUAGCCUACAGAAACAAAAUAACAAAAUGUAGGCCUAUCCCAUAUUUGUUUUUGAACAGUAAUUGCAUGGCUACAAUAUAGAAAUAUAUUCCUAACAUAGUAUUCGCACUGAUAUAAGCCUACUGUAAAAUGCAUUAUAUCUGAGCCAUGGACAUGCCAUACGUUGUCAAUAAGCAAGAUUAAAUUAACUUUUGCUAACACCUAAAAAGACAGUGAAUAAUUCUAAUCAAAUUCGAAUAAAACAAAACAAAUCUUGUUUCAAAUGGGAGAAUGUCAAAAUACAGUUACAGGCACCAUAAUAUAUCCCCGUGGGCAUAUCAUAUUUAGGCCUAAGACAACGUAGACAAUGGAAGGUUUUACGCACAUCCAAACUUUUCACAGGAGCUGGAAAAAUAUCCAAUAUAUAGAGAAAGGGGGAAUGUCCACUCACCGUUACUGCUCCCAAAUAUAUACGUAUAGCUAUAGCCUACCAUCGCCGUUGAUAUGGCCAGUAGUGACUUUGCCACGUGAAAGGUAAACAAACAGGCAAAUAUAGCCUACAAAUGGAUUCAGCACCACGGACAGCGAUCAGAAUUCCCACGAUUUGAAAGUUAGGUCCAACAGAGGAAAGUGGAAAAUGCAUUUUUUAACAAAAUGAUCAAUAAAAAACAAUAAGCAGUCUUUUUAAAUAACUUGAUGUUCCUAAACAGGCUUCCUACAGUCACUGACACCUUUCAUGCCAGAUUGUGUCCAAUGUCCAAUAUAAAUAAAACUAAUGGAGUGAACGUUAUUUAUAAUAAGGGUCACAUGGAGAAAAUCGGACCUUUCUGAAACGAAAAUGGAUGGCCCUCCCUUCAGCAAAGUAUAUUUUACCUAAACCCUCCAUGAACGCUUGAAAAAAUAAAAGUGACCCUCUCCUAUACCCAAAAUAAUAAUUAAAACAAAGUGGAUAGCAGAGAACAUGUCUACAUUUUACCCUCACUUCUUGGACAGAUGCAGUUUUUAGAAACUGUUCUUCGUCCUGUAAGCAUUACAUGGCAACGCAGGAAUUUUGAUAGCGCAUAGGGCUGCGGGCCAGAAGGUUGUGGGUUCGCAGACCACUGUGGGCAAGAGUAGGGAUGGAAAGAUAUCCUUCAUAGUAAAAGCGUUGCAUGAAUCAAUCAUCGUAUUUGCAGGUCCAAGACAAAAUGGCCUCAUAAACAUUUCAUGCAAUUCUGCGUCAUUUUGCAUGUUAGCAGAAUAUUUUUUAAUAUCACACAAAUUACCAAAAUUACAGGCUAAGAAUGAACAAAGAGAUAUGCGAUGUUAUCAUAAUUCUUCAAUGCCAAAUCAGUGUGUCUUGUUUACAAUGAAACUGUCCCGAUUUCCAAAUAGCAAGUCUAUUUUUUGUCUCCUCAGCUAUAAAGGGUGGCGGUCAGACUCUGAAUGUCAAAGAAACUAAACAAUGAUAUCCCCAUAUGCAUCAGAGUUACGUAUUUUCCGGCUAUUUUACAGCUUGUUUCUAGCAUAAAUCAUCACGGACCAAAGCACUGUUAUAGAUCACUUUAUAUCAUUGGAACCAUUUUAUUUUCUUCUAAAUCUUAAGCUAACACUUGGUAGACCUGUCCUUUUUGCCAUUUUCUUUAAUACAUGGUAGGCCUAUGGCAUACCCUCUCAUACCCCCUCAAUUCGAGUCUUGGUUUUAACUUAACAGCCCUUCACUGACACGGAGGUAGGCUAUUUAAAGAGUGCAUGGUGGGUGGGGAAUUGACUGACAAAUCUAUGGAUGUAGCAGCCUAUAGCCUAAUUUCGAAUGUCAAAGAAAUAGGCUCAAACUCAUAGCCCCCUUGUUGUUGGUAAAGUCUAAUUAAAAUUAAGAUGGUUGAAAUGAAUUAUGUCUACUCGAAUGUGCCUACUUUCAGCACAAUGUGCUGUCCAUUUCCAAUUGAUUGUGCCACGGUUGCUGCUUCAAGUUUCAGCACCACAAUGUAAGUUACUCGAAUCUGGCUUAUUUCCAUAACUCUGAUAAAUACACUACCGGUCAAAAGUUUUAGAACACCUACUCAUUCAAGGUUUUUUCUUUAUUUUUACUAUUUUCUACAUUGUAGAAUAAUAGUGAAGACAUCAAAUCUAUGAAAUAACACAUAUGGAAUCAUGUAGUAACCAAAAAAGUGUUAAACAAAUCAAAAUAUAUUUUAUAUUUGAGAUCCUUCAGAUAGCCACCCUUUGCCUUGAUGACAGCUUUGCACACUCUUGGCAUUCUCUCAACCAGCUUUUCCAACAGUCUUGAAGGAGUUCCCACAUAUGCUGAGCACUUGUUAUCGCCCACCGAAAAUAGAUCCCCAGAUCUUAUCUCAUCAGAUCUUUUUCAGAGCUGAUCUGUUUGGUCAAAAGACCAAUUAGUGAAAAAAAAUAUCAGAAUUGGGCUGCCUGUGUAAACACAGCCUUAUAGUUCUAGACACUUUAGAAUCUAUGCAAAUCUACGCAUUGAAGCUUUUCCCAACGCCCUAUUAAGACACUUUAUGUUGGUGAUUCCUUUAUUUUGGCAGUUACCUGUACUUACCAUUUGUUUAUCCAGGUCUUUACCAUGAUGUUUACGUUAUAUAAAACCUCACCUCUCAUGCACUACAAAGUCUCACAAGCUGUGGUUUGACUGCUACUGAUACCCAUAUACAGUAUAUCCUUAUACAGAGUCAUUAUUUUAGGGUGUAUUCUACCCUGCCUUUACCCUGCUGAACGCUUACAAGAUGCAGUCUAAAUCCACUGCCCUCUAUAAACUCAGGAUUGUACCUUAGGCCAGAGCUACUGUGAGACUACCACAACCCACCGUAACCUCAACUGCCCCCAAGUUCACUUUAUCUGCUUUCUUCUCAUUUCUUCUUUCUGUCCUACUAUGCUCUCUAAGACUGAGGAGAGGAUACAAGGAGAGGUAAGGCUAACAUGUUCUGCUCUUCAACUCUCCCUUCAUCAUCUUCAUCUUCCAAAUAUCAUCUAAUUCGCUCUCGUCCAUCCGUACCGUUCACGUCCAUCCAUUCAGCAGUGAUUCAGGAUCAGAAUCAUUGCUGUUUUCCCCAAACAAAUGUAAUUCAUUUAGCAUGUUCAGAGUAACUCGACAUGCAGUGAUAUUGCUGUCCAGCAACCAUUGUGUCUCUUGUUUUUCAUGAAGUUACUACUUUAUAUUUUAAUCUUCUCCCAUCCAUAUGCUUACUUUGUGUCAUGCACCUUACCCAGCCAAUACCUCAUUCCAUGUACUACCAUAGAGUGUAAGGUGCUUUGAUAUGUGGAGAAGUAAAUUAGGUAUGAUCUUUGCCUGCUCUGCCUUUCUAAAUGACCUUGUUGUUGUCGUCUUCUUCACAGCAAAUCCGCAAGCUGAGACGCGAGCUGGAGAACUCCCAGGAAAAAGUGGCCAACCUGACCACCCAGCUGUCUGCCAACGUAUGUAGAACAGGCUUCUCACGUUUCAACCUCUGAGCUUCUAUAAGGUGGCCAAAUUUGUUUCUGCCGUUAUCUAGUCUCGAGUCGCUAGGCGCUAAGUCUUGCAUCGGUAUGUAGCCUAAGUCUGGACAAAUCAAACUAUGGUACUGUAUGCUACUCCAAUAUUGGUGGCUAAAUGACAAAGGAGUUGGCUAAAGCAUUCUGGCUACCAGACAAUCUAUAUGGCUGACUAAUUAACCAACUGACUCACCUUUGUUCUAUCACGAUUCUAUUAUGUUCUACCAUCAUUCUAAUAUGAUUGGUUGUGAGAGACUCUGUUAACAGCAGUCUCACGUACCAUGGUAGCAGGAUCCAUUUGUUCAUUUUCAAUAUAAAAAAAACUAAUUUCUUUAUGUCUGUGUUGGGACAUAUGAUGGAUGGAAGCUGAAUGAGACUGAAUCCAAGUCUAUUAAGAGUCAUCUAAUAAUAUGAAUUAACCUGUCUCUGGGUGCCAGACAUUGUGAUCAGGUCUUUACCACACAAGCCAACACAAAAACCAUGUCAAAUUCAGAUAUUUUUUAAAAAGAUAUUUAAAGCACUUGGAUCAUCAGGCAUUAAUUACACUGAUGUUGAGGUACGAAAGGAAAGCAUGCAUAGUGGAGAGGGUGAGAUCAGAUAUGGUGCUGGCUAUGAUAGAUUUAUGGCCCUAUCUGUGACUUUACUGCCCAGUGUUGAAUGCAUACAGUACCUUGCAAAAGUAUUCAUCCCCCUUGGUGUUUUUCCUAUUUUGUUGCAUUACAACCUGUAAUUUAAAUGGAUUUUUAUUUGGAUUUCAUGUGAAGGACAUACACAAAAUAGUCCAAAUUGGUGAAGUGAAAUGAAAAAAGUAACUUGUUUCAAAAAAUGUAAUAAUGGAAAAGUGGUGCGUGCAUAUGUAUUCACUCCCUUUGCUAUGAGGCCCCUAAAAAAGAUCUGGUGUAACCAACUACCUUCAGAAGUCACAUAAUUAGUUCAAUAAAGUCUACCUGUGUGUAAUCUAAGUGUUACAUGAUCUGUCACAUGAUCUCAGUAUAUAGACACAUGUUCUGAAAGGCCCCAGAGUUUGCAACACCACUAAGCAAGGGGCACCACCAAGCAAGCGGCACCAUGAAGACCAAGGAGCUCUCCAAACCGGUCAGGGACAAAGUUGUGGAGAAUAAAACAGUAGAUCAGGGUUGGGUUAUUAAAAGAUAUCCGAAACUUUGAACAUCCCACGGAGCACCAUUAAAUCCAUUUGUAAAAAAUUUGAAGAAUAUGGCACCACAACAAACCUGCCAAGAGAGGGCCGCUCACCAAAACUCACGGCCCAGGCAAGGAGGGCAUUAAUCAGAGAGGCAACAAAGAGACCAAAGAUAACCCUGAAGGAGCUGCAAAGCUCCACAGCGGAGAUUGGAGUAUCUGUCCAUAGGACCACUUUAAGCCAUGCACUCCACAGAGCUGGGCUUUACGGAAGAGUGGCCAGAAAAAAGCCAUUGUUAAAGAAAAAAAUAAGCAAACACGUUUGGUGUUCGUCAAAAGGCAUGUGGGAGACUCUCCAAACAUAUGGAAGAAGCUACUCUGUUCAGAUGAGACUAAAAUUGGCCAUCAAGGAAAACGCUAUGUCUGGCGCAAACCCAACACCUCUCAUCACCCUGAGAACACCAUCCCCACAGUGAAGCAUGGUGGUGGCAGCAUCAUGCUGUGGGGAUGUUCUUCAUCGGCAGGGACUGGGAAACUGGUCAGAAUUGAAGGAAUGAUGGAUGGCGCUAAAUACAGGGUAAUUCUUGAGGGAAACCUGUUUCAGUCUUUCAGAGAUUUGAGACUGGGACGGAGGUUAUGAAUAGUUAUGCACGCUCAAGUUUUCUGUUUUUUUUGUCCUAUUUCUUGUUUGUUUCAUCCCCAAAAAAUAUUUUGCAUCUUCAAAGUGGUAGGCAUGUUGUGUAAAUCAAAUGAUAAAAACCGACCAAAAAUCAAUUUUAAUUCCAGGUUUUAAGGCAACAAAAUAGGAAAAAUGCCAAGGGGGGUGAAUACUUUCGCAAGCCACUGUAGAAAUCUAACUCGCUGACCGAAAUCCACUCAAUGAAAAUUAAGCUAAAACUAAGCUAGUAUUGGUUAGAGCUUGGCUCAAGAGUUUUCCCCGGUCAUGUGACCUCAACAGAAAAAAAAUUCUGGCCAUUGUUGUAGUUACUAAGCAGACAUAACCCUAUAGUGUUCUGAAUGGGCUAAAUGCCCACCUUGGCUUUGGACUUGCCAGCUAUGGUUAGCCUACUAGAGGCUGGCUCUGGCCCCCCGCUCCAUACCCAGGGAGUGAGUAAAGCGAUGCUGGUGGAGAUUUAUGAACCAUAGGCACAACAUGGUCUCAGGGCAAUUGGUAUUAUUCUGUACGUAAAUGUAUAGACUCCAUAUAGUAUGAUAUGUUAUGUUACGUUAGGUUACAUUGUGAAUGGAAUAGCAGUCUUACAAUAUCAUAUGAAUUAGAGGACGUAUAGUAUCAUACGUGUUACCCGGUCGUACAAUAGCAUACGAAUUGGAUUAUGUAAUUUAUCAUACGUCUUGGUGGACGUAUAGGAUAGGUCUUUCUCUGAGACCAAGUUUCUUGUUGCAUCGUAACAACAAAGGAGAAUUAAGGGGAGAAUUAAUGCUGGUGGUUAGGUGAACUAUCAACAAAGGUUAGAAUAAUUUACAUGAAAGGUUAGGGGAACUAAAACGACAAAGAUUAGGUGAAUUUAUGUAGCAAAUUAGAUUAAUUGGGUUAAGUUUAGAAUAAGGGUUAGGGGAAGGGUUAGCUAAAAUGCUACAGUUGUCCCCGACGCGAUUCGAACACGCAACCUUUGGAUUGCUAGACGGUCAUGGAUUACACUCUCCCAUCCUCCCCAAGCAACCUCCCUACUUUUGUUUCUGUCUAAAGUAACUAGACCAUUAGUAGGUAUCAUAUGUCUUGGAGGUGCUCAGAAAUACGUAAAGUAAAAUCAAAUGAAAUCAAAAAUUAUUUGUCACAUGCGCCGAAUACAACAGGUGUAGUAGACCUUACAGUAAAAUGCUUACUUACAAGCCGUUAACCAACAGUGCAGUUUUAAGAAAAUAAGUGUUAAGUAGAAAAUAAUUAUAGAGCAGUAGUUAAAUAACAGUAGCGAGGCUGUUAAGAAGCCUUUUGGACCUAGACUUGGUGCUCCGGUACCGCUUGCCGUGUGGUAGCAUAGAGAACAGUCUAUGACUAGGGUGGCUGGAGUCUUUGGACAUUUUUAGGGCCUUCCUCUGACACCGCCUGGUAUAGAGGUCCUGGAUGGCAGGAAGCUUGGCCCCAAUGAUGUACUGGGCCGUACACACUACCCUCUGUAGUGCCUUGCGUUUGGAGGCAGAGCAGUUGCCAUACCAGGCGGUGAUGCAACCAGUCAGGAUGCUCUCAAUGGUGCAGCUUUUUGAGGAUCUGAGGACCCAUGCUAAAUCAUUUCAGUCUCCUGAGGGGGAAUAGGCUUUGUCAUGCCCUCUUCACGACAGUAUGUUUCGUAUGGCUCUGAGGCCGGGCCCACAGGGGGUAAACUAGCAACGCUGCACCCCACCACCUUAUCAAACCUUUCUCUCUCCCCUGUACUGCCACAACCCCUUUUAUUCUCUCUGCACUAUACCUCCACACCCCAUCCGCCCCUCACCCCAUCAACCUUUCCUCCCCUCACUGCCCCUGCUCCUCACCUCAGCCUAACAAUCCGGCUACUAGAUGCUUCAUAUAUUAGAUGUGUUACGAGAGUGAGUGACAGAAUGCCAUGUACUAUAUGUGUUCAUGUUGAAAGAGACAUGAAAUCUUGGGAGGUGCCUACCAAUCCAAAACCAAAACUCUUUUCAGGAACUGCACUUGAUGACUAUAUUGCAUGCUGUUUAAGUAAAGAAAGUCAAGUCCACUACACUACUAACACUGUCCAUUGGCAAUACCCUUUAACCUGGUAUAACCUGAGUGUGUUACUGCUACUGUAUGAUUGAGUGUGAUAUGACCACAGACCUUGGUUCAGUAUUAAUACAUUAAUAAACAGUAUUUAUAAAACAAUUGAUAAAAACCUAUACAGUAGGACAAAUUCUAAUUUCGCUUCAGCACUUACACACUGGAUUAUUGUGUCUUUAGUAUGUGAUAAAUUGUAUGAUGUUGCUUUUAACUGUAAUUUAUUAUUACUGUAAAUAGCCCUCUGGCCCAAUGUCUGUCUGUGUGUGUCUAGGUUGUGUGCGUACGUGUGCAUGCAUGCGUGUGUGUGCGUGCGUAUGUAUGUACGUGUGUGUGCAUGCGUAUGUGUGGGUGCAUGCGAGGAGUGUGAUCCCGGCCUAACGCCACUGUCCCUCUCUCCUCCACUGUUCGCUGUAUUGAACGCUGGUUCUGGACUCUUUGCUGCCCCCUGCCUACUGGCCACUGACCCACACCUCUGGAUGCUGGGUAUAGCAGCUAGGCCAGGUUUGUUGGACUGUCUGUUGCUUCCAGAUCCCUCCUCCGUCCUUCACUGUCGCAUGACUCUCGCUCUCUCUCUCUGACCGCCCAUCCCGUCCCACAGGCUGACAGGCUGACCUGGUGCUGAGGUUCCUGUUUGAGUCGCCGUGUGGUGCCACCAGCCAGGCCUCGACACCUACCUUGAAGCAUGUGGAUGAUCUGUAGUUUUAGGUUUAAAUAAGCUUCUGUACUUUACAAUUGCCAUGUAAAAAUUAGCCAAUGUUGAAAUGUAAGAGAAUGUAAAGAUGGUAGCCUUGUUACAAGAUACAUACACAUACCAUAUAAGUACAAACGACUGGCUGAAGUUUAUUAUUACGGUAAAUUAGAGUCACAUUCAGUACUAUGAGGGUUCAGAAAGGUCUCCCAUGCUACAUCAGGUUGGAGAGGCCUGUGCCCCAGUGCCAUACUCCAGUCACCUCUCACUUGCACCCCACCCCUCCUCUCCUCCCUUCCUUUCAUCCUCCACAGCUGUCCCAUCCCUUCACCCCUCCCUCCUCUCCUCCUGGCAGAUGGAGAAAGCCAUUUGCUUGAUGUGCAUUGAGCCUGUGGUACCUGCGGCCUCUACACUGCAGUGACUCAUCUCUGUAUUCUCUCUCUCUCCCUCUCUUUUUCUCUCUCUCUCUCUCUCUCUCUCUCUCUCUCUCUCUCUCUCUCUCUCUCUCUCUCUCUCUCUCUCUCUCUCCCCCUCUCUCUCUCCCUCUCUCUCUCAAGGCUAAUUUGGUAGCAGCGUUCGAGCAGAGCCUGCAACUGAUGACGUCACGUCUGCAGAGCCUGUCAGUCAGCCAGGAGCAGAAGGUACCGGUAAAUGCAGCUGCAUUAUUCUGCCCUCUCUUACAUCCUCCCACGAUGAGGGGGGGGGGGGGGGGCGUUUAUUUUCCGAAACUUCAAUGGAGCGGAGUUCUGCGCUAUUCAUUUACUGUCCAGCUAUUUCCAACCAAUGUCAAAAGAAUGUCCGUAAGAGAUGUUUAUUAUUCAGCUUUCCCGUUUACCAUAAUGAGUUGUAGCAAACAGAGCUUCAAGUUGUGAGAGUUUCAUAAAAAAUGCAUGUGGAGAAUUAAUGUUAACCAAUAGCUUUUCAAACAAAUAAACCAAUUUGACUUUUGUUCUAUGAGAAGGCGGAGAGCAAAGUGAGCAUAGAGUGGAGACCGAGUCCGAUCUCCUCAGUGUGUUUUGACAGUCAAGGCUAACAUCCUGUACCACAACAUGCCCUUGAGCAUUAUCCGCAUGACCACCCCAAAGCCCUGGCACCAUCUACCUGUAUCAUCCUUUUGGAGAGCUGAGGACAAAGACUGUCAGGGGGACAGGAAAUGAAAUCUAGGUCAAAGGUUGACAUGGUGCUAAGGUCUUGUUUUCACUAGCCACUCAGCACAAUCGUUCAAGCCUUCAGGUCUGAGACACCAUAGACACACCAUAGUCAGUCCCCCGUAUAUGACUGCUGUCAGGUGCUCAAUGGGGUACAUUAGCCCAGAAGAUGUACAGUAAGGAGUCCCGUCUCGACCUCAGAGUAAGGUUGCAAAAUUCCUGUAACUUUCCCAAAAUUCCCAGGUUUUCCAGAAAUCUGGAUUUCUGGAAAACUUCGGAAUUUGGGGAAAGUUACCAGAAUUCUGCAACCCUAGAGGCAGCAGACAGUUGUACUGUAUGGUAAUGUAUUGGUCCUGUUUCCCUGUAGGACUCUGAGCUGACUGAUCUGAAGGAGACCAUAGAGAUUCUGAAGACGAAGAACACAGAGGCCCAGGAUAUCAUCCAUGUGGCCCUCAGCAACCCUGACAUCCCUCCUAAAGGUAAGGAGCCAACCAAGGGCCUAACGUUCUUUCACCAUAAUCCCUUCAACCAUUCCUUCUCUUCUCCAGAACAGUUGUUCUCUUCUUCACCACCCUCACUAGCUCCUCUUGUCUCUCCAGAGCUGCAGAUGAAGAGGCAGAACUCGUCCGAGAGCAUCUCCAGCCUGAACAGCAUCACCAGCCACUCCAGCAUGGGCAGUCUGAAGGAACAGGAGGCCAAGAAGAAGAAGAAGAGCUGGGUGAGAGCACAGAACCGCCUGAGCUGUAAAUAGAAUAUAGAAUUAGAAUCAGGAUUCUAAUUGGGUUUCUGGUUCUAUGAGAGAACCAUCUCACUAGGGUCAGGGCAGUUGUACUGUCUAUUGUCUAUUGGUGUCCAACAGUGCGAAAACCUACAAUUUGUAUUCCUGUAGUUCACUAUAUCAAGAGUUUACCACUGGGCUGGCUAGUAACAAGCAAUGUGGGUAACUUUACUUAACUUUAGGUGAUCUAGCUAAUGUAUGUAUUCAUAAAGCCUUCAUAAACUCUACAUAACAUGUUUUACACAAGCUAUAAAAUGACAUAAACAUUCUAAAGAGCUUAUAAACAAUAAAAUAGCAACAUCAUGAAGUUAUGAGGUUGGCAUAGUAUAGGAUAGUUUAGAAUCCUAAAUUAUGUUUUGCAUUGAAAAGAGAGAAACCAUCCAGCCGCUCUCUCUGUGUCUGUGCUCCUGCAUGUGUGGGUUCUCUCUCUCUCUCUCUCUCCAAAUCUGAUAUUAAGUAUGACUCCUCUCUGAUCUCUUUCUCAUGCUUCCCUGCUACUGUAUUUUAUUCAGGUCUUUGAGGUGAGUAGUGGACAUUGUAAGAGCCCCAAGUCCUCCCUCCCUCCCUCCCUCCCUGCACUGAUGAGUCAUACUUGUUAGAUAUUUGGAAAAGCUGUGUGGUUUUUCAUCCCAUAUUAAACCUAGCUAACUCCACUUCAUUCACUAACAGUACGUUACGUAAGCAUCCAUUUUUAUAUGCACCAUUUACUGUAAAUAUAAGGCGGAUAAAUGAUUCAGAAAUCACAAAGAAAGUAAAUUGGAUAAUCAGACGACAACAAAUGUUUUCAAAUUCUGUUUUGAUUUCAUGCAAAGCUUGUGUGAAAGUUAUUGAAUGAAGAUUAUAUUUUUUGCAGGACAAAAUCAACUUUUUGUGAUAUAGUCUGUUGUUUUGUGGUGGUAGUCCUCCAUAUUUCACAUAUCAUGACAAAACUUCAAACUCAACACUAUUUCGUCAGAAGUGUAUGUAUUGUGGAAUCAUAAGUCUCACAUUGUUUAAACUGUACAGACAGUACAGACACUUAAGACAUUUGGAUAAUUCUUCAUAUAGGGUUCUACUGUGAACAAAGUGAACAUAAACACUAAAGCCUUGCUCCUCAUUUGGUCAUGAUUCUUGCAACAACUCAAAUCUGUACAGUCUGUACAACGCUCACGGCUUUUUCCACCAUGGGACAGUGCUUUUAUCUCUUCCUUCCCCCUCAUUGGACAAAUUACAAAGUCUAGUGAACAUCUCUGUCUCAUCGCCAGAUGCUUAUUUCCAUGUGCUCUGUUCCCUACAGACUAAGCUGCUAGGUUAUUUUCAUGUUGCGUGGACUGCGUCCAUAGGACCACGUCCCAUGACUAGUGUUCUGCAGGGUUGGGGUUAAUUCCAUUUACAGUGGGGAAAAAAAGUAUUUAGUCAGCCACCAAUUGUGCAAGUUCUCCCACUUAAAAAGAUGAGAGAGGCCUGUAAUUUUCAUCAUAGGUACACGUCAACUAUGACAGACAAAUUGAGGAAAAAAAAUCCAGAAAAUCACAUUGUAGGAUUUUUAAUGAAUUUAUUAGCAAAUUAUGGUGGAAAAUAAGUAUUUGGUCACCUACAAACAAGCAAGAUUUCUGGCUCUCACAGACCUGUAACUUCUUGUUUAAGAGGCUCCUCUGUCCCCCACUCGUUACCUGUAUUAAUGGCACCUGUUUGAACUUGUUAUAAGUAUAAAAGACACCUGUCCACAACCUCAAACAGUCACACUCCAAACUCCACUAUGGCCAAGACCAAAGAGCUGUCAAAGGACACCAGAAACAAAAUUGUAGACCUGCACCAGGCUGGGAAGACUGAAUCUGCAAUAGGUAAGCAGCUUGGUUUGAAGAAAUCAACUGUGGGAGCAAUUAUUAGGAAAUGGAAGGCAUACAAGACCACUGAUAAUCUCCCUCGAUCUGGGGCUCCACGCAAGAUCUCACCCUGUGGGGUCAAAAUGAUCACAAGAACGGUGAGCAAAAAUCCCAGAACAACACGGGGGGACCUAGUGAAUGUCCUGCAGAGAGCUGGGACCAAAGUAACAAAGCCUACCAUCAGUAACACACUAUGCCGCCAGGGACUCAAAUCCUGCAGUGCAAGACGUGUCCCCCUGCUUAAGCCAGUACAUGUCCAGGCCCGUCUGAAGUUUGCUAGAGUGCAUUUGGAUGAUCCAGAAGAGGAUUGGGAGAAUGUCAUAUGGUCAGAUGAAACCAAAAUAGAACUUUUUGGUAAAAACUCAACUUGUCGUGUUUGGAGGACAAAGAAUGCUGAGUUGCAUCCAAAGAACACCAUACCUACUGUGGAGCAUGGGGGUGGAAACAUCAUGCUUUGGGGCUGUUUUUCUGCAAAGGGACCAGGACCACUGAUCCGUGUAAAGGAAAGAAUGAAUGGGGCCAUGUAUCGUGAGAUUUUGAGUGAAAACCUCCUUCCAUCAGCAAGGGCAUUGAAGAUGAAACGUGGCUGGGUCUUUCAGCAUGACAAUGAUCCCAAACACACCGCCCGGGCAACGAAGGAGUGGCUUCGUAAGAAGCAUUUCAAGGUCCUGGAGUGGCCUAGCCAGUCUCCAGAUCUCAAUCUUUGGAGGGAGUUGAAAGUCUGUGUUGCCCAGCGACAGCCCCAAAACAUCACUGCUCUAGAGGAGAUCUGCAUGGAGGAAUGGGCCAAAAUACCAGCAACAGUGUGUGAAAACCUUGUGAAGACUUACAGAAAACGUUUGACCUGUGUCAUUGCCAACAAAGGGUAUAUAACAAAGUAUUGAGAAACUUUUGUUAUUGACCAAAUACUUAUUUUCCACCAUAAUUUGCAAAUAAAUUCAUUAAAAAUCCUACAAUGUGAUUUUCUGGAUUUUUUAUCCUAAUUUUGUCUGUCAUAAUUGACGUGUACCUAUGAUGAAAAUUACAGGCGUCUCUCAUCUUUUUAAGUGGGAGAACUUGCACAAUUGGUGGCUGACUAAAUACUUUUUUUCCCCACUGUAAAUUCCAGUCAAUUCAGGAAGUACACUGAAAUUCCAAUUCUCUUCAAUGAUUUUCAAUUAGGAAAAUGUGGAAUUGGAAUUUGGUUUACUUUUUGAAUUGACUGGAAUUUUAAUGGAAUUGACCCCAACCCUAGAUUAGCCUUGGGUUCACCAAGCUUCACCCCAGAAAAGUGGACACCAGUAUAGGGGUGGGGAGAUUUGGGGAUUUUGAGGACAGUGUAUUUUUUUCUACUGGCUAUAUAUUCAAGUGUCCAAAUCAAAGCCAAGUAAUGACUUCCAAAUAAACAAAAAUACACUUGCUGUGAUUUUGAUUAAGCAUAGCUGUGCGUGUCAAAUGGCACCCUUUCCCCUAUAUAGUGCACUAAAGUAGUGCACUAUAUAGGGGAAAGGGUGCCAUUUGAUACGCAUCAAAGGUUGAAUGCAUCAACAAAUACAGGAUGGAUACAGGAGUCACAAUACUGUAAGUGUUCAUUGUGGUUCUCUCUGGGUGCUCCAUCAGUCUUUAAUUCUCAUCUUUGUUAUCUAUACAUUUCUCUGUACAGUUGAGGAGUUCCUUCAACAAGGCAUUCAGUAAGAAGGGUUCCAAGCUCUCUGCGUCGUACGCUGACAUCGAGGAGAUCGCCACUCCAGACUCCUCUGCACCCUCCUCUCCUAAAAUCCCCAACCACCACGUGGACAGGGAUGGGGAGGGAGAUGGAAAUGGAGACAACCCUCCCUCUAUGAUGAGGUCCUCUGUCUCUGCAUCAUCCUCUGGGUAAGGUCAAUUCACACAACCUGAUCACCUUUGCUGCACCUCCAGUCUGAAUUAUGUUUUGCUUCCAAAUGGCAUGUAUGAAUGUCAUGUAACAUUAUCUAUAUUUUAUUUAUCUCUCUUAUUCAUCUCUAUCAUACAGUUCAAUGGAAGAGGGGGUACCUGCCACCUCUGUUCAGUCUUAGCAACGUGUGUUCUUCUCUUCUUCUCCAGACUGUGUGAAGGAGGCGAGGAGCCCCCGGAGGAUGAGAAGGUGGUGACCACGCUGCGCUCGGCCCUCUGGGAGAAGGAGAGGAAGCUGACGGACAUCCGCCUGGAGGCCCUUAGCUCCGCCCACCAGCUGGAACAGCUGCAGGAGGCCAUGACCAACAUGCAGGUGUGUGUGUGUGUGUUAGAGUCCUGCAUCGGGUCGGAAACCCACGGUUCGGCUCGCGGUUCAGAACUAUAUUGCGUCGAAAACAUUUUAAAUCAAGAUAAAAUAUUUUUUACAAACCCAGGAACAUGUUGUGUUGCAAAUUCCAUUCUGUGAGAGGUGAAGCAGACGUAUAGGCUACCAGCCACGCAUGCAGUGGAUCAAGGAACUUUCCAAUAUUUGUGUGGUGCGGAAAUAUAUGUUCCAUCCCCCUCACGCGAGAAUACGUUGCUUGGCUAGCCUAGCUCACACGAAAAUGGCUAAAGUAGGCCCAAACGGAGAAAUAAAAAGAAAGGUUAUGAAAUACACCAUCGUGGAAAUGGGUGCUGCUCGAUUGAAAUUCCCGGUUUGGGUUGCAAAGAAAAAGCCAUAUAUCAGACUGGCCAAUAAAAAGAAAAGAUUAAGAUGGGCAAAAGAACACAGACAUUGGACUUCUUUGCAACUCUGCCUAGAAGGUCAGCAUCCCGGAGUCGCCUCUUCACUGUUGACGUUGAGACUGGUGUUUUGCGGGUACUAUUUAAUGAAGCUGCCAGUUGAGGACCUGUGAGGCGCCUGUUUCUCAAACUAGACACUAAGGUAUUUAUCCUCUUGCUCAGUUGUGCACCGGGGCCUCCCACUCCUCUUUCUAUUCUGGUUAGAGACAGUUUGCGCUGUUCUGUGAAGGGAGUAGUACACAGCGUUUUACGAGAUCUUCAGUUUCUUGGCAAUUUCUCGCAUGAAAUGGCCUUCAUUUCUCAGAACAAGAAUAGACUGACGAGUUUCCGAAGAAAGUUAUUUGUUUCUGGCCAUUUUGAGCCUGUAAUCGAACCAACAAUUGCUGACGCUCCAGAUACUCAACUAGUCUCAAGAAGGACAGUUUUAUUGCUUCUUUAAUCAGCACAACAGUUUUCAGCUGUGCUAAUGAUCAAUUAGCCUUUUAAAAUGAUAAACUUGGAUUAACAAACACUACGUGCCAUUGGAACACAGGACUGAUGGUUGCUGAUAAUGGGCUUCUGUACGCCUAUGUAGAUAUUCCAUUAACAAUCGGCUGUUUCCAGCUACAAUAGCCAUUUACAACAUUAACAAUGUCUACACAGUAUUUCUGAUCGAUUUUAUGUUAUUUUAAUGGACAAAAAAAUUGCUUUUCUUUCGAAAACAAGGACAUUUCUAAGUGACCCCAAUGUUUUGAAUGGUAGUGUACAGUGGGGGAAAAAAGUAUUUAGUCAGCCACCAAUUGUGCAAGUUCUCCCACUUAAAAAGAUGAGAGACGCCUGUAAUUUUCAUCAUAGGUACACGUCAAUUAUGACAGACAAAAUUAGGAUAAAAAAUCCAGAAAAUCACAUUGUAGGAUUUUUAAUGAAUUUAUUUGCAAAUUAUGGUGGAAAAUAAGUAUUUGGUCAAUAACAAAAGUUUCUCAAUACUUUGUUAUAUACCCUUUGUUGGCAAUGACACAGGUCAAACGUUUUCUGUAAGUCUUCACAAGGUUUUCACACACUGUUGCUGGUAUUUUGGCCCAUUCCUCCAUGCAGAUCUCCUCUAGAGCAGUGAUGUUUGGGGGCUGUCGCUGGGCAACACAGACUUUCAACUCACUCCAAAGAUUUUCUAUGGGGUUGAGAUCUGGAGACUGGCUAGGCCACUCCAGGACCUUUAAAUGCUUCUUACGAAGCCACACCUUCGUUGCCCGGGCGGUGUGUUUGGGAUCAUUGUCAUGCUGAAAGACCCAGCCACGUUUCAUCUUCAAUGCCCUUGCUGAUGGAAGGAGGUUUUCACUCAAAAUCUCACGAUACAUGGCCCCAUUCAUUAUUUCCUUUACACGGAUCAGUCGUCCUGGUCCCUUUGCAGAAAAACAGCCCCAAAGCAUGAUGUUUCCACCCCCAUGCUUCACAGUAGGUAUGGUGUUCUUUGGAUGCAACUCAGCAUUCUUUGUCCUCCAAACACGACGAGUUGAGUUUUUACCAAAAAGUUCUAUUUUGGUUUCAUCUGACCAUAUGACAUUCUCCCAAUCCUCUUCUGGAUCAUCCAAAUGCACUCUAGUAAACUUCAGACGGGCAUGGACAUGUACUGGCUUAAGCAGGGGGACACGUCUGGCACUGCAGUAUUUGAGUCCCUGGCGGCGUAGUGUGUUACUGAUGGUAGGCUUUGUUACUUUGGUCCCAGCUCUCUGCAUGUCAUUCACUAGGUCCCCCCGUGUGGUUCUGGGAGUUUUGCUCACCGUUCUUGUGAUCAUUUUGACCCCACGGGGUGAGAUCUUGCGUGGAGCCCCAGAUCGAGGGAGAUUAUCAGUGGUCUUGUCUGUCUUCCAUUUCCUAAUAAUUGCUCCCACAGUUGAUUUCUUCAAACCAAGCUGCUUACCUAUUGUAGAUUCAGUCUUCCCAGCCUCGUGCAGGUCUACAAUUUUGUUUCUGGUGUCCUUUAAUAAUAAUAAAUAAUAAUAUGCCAUUUAGCAGACGCUUUUAUCCAAAGCGACUUACAGUCAUGCGUGCAUACAUUUUUGUGUAUGGGUGGUCCCGGGGAUCGAACCCACUACCUUGGCGUUACAAGCGCCGUGCUCUACCAGCUGAGCUACAGAGGACCACCUUUGACAGCUCUUUGGUCUUGGCCAUAGUGGAGUUUGGAGUGUGACUGUUUGAGGUUGUGGACAGGUGUCUUUUAUACUGAUAACAAGUUUAAACAGGUGCCAUUAAUACAGGUAACGAGUGGAGGACAGAGGAGCCUCUUAAAGAAGAAGUUACAGGUCUGUGAGAGCCAGAAAUCUUGCUUGUUUGUAGGUGACCAAAUACUUAUUUUCCACCAUAAUUUGCAAAUAAAUUCAUUAAAAAUCCUACAAUGUGAUUUUCUGGAAUUUUUUUUCUCAAUUUGUCUGUCAUAGUUGACGUUUACCUAUGAUGAAUAUUACAGGCCUCUCUCAUCUUUUUAAGUGGGAGAACUUGCACAAUUGGUGGCUGACUAAAAACUUUUUUCCCCACUGUAUAUAUAUUGUUCUUAAUUCAUGGCAUGGUCUCCUUUUAUCUAAAUGUUGAAUAGACAUGCAGACAAAUGAAUUAAUGCAGGGAUGGGAAUAAUAGCCUACUAUUCUGGAGUCAUAAAAACAAUUCUAUAAAUUGAUGUUAUUCGGCGGGUCAUGGAUCGACUCUUAGUUGCGUAGAAAAAUCUGUACUGAUGUCGGAUAUCGGGUGGGGUUCGGAAUUGAUGUGGGGUGGGUGUGGCUCCAAAAAACGGACCCUUGCAGGACUCUAGUGUGUGUGUGUGUGUGUGUGUGUGCGAGGUGUGUGAGCAUGCGUGCCUGCUUGCAUGUUUGUGUAUGUGUCUUUGUGUUACCCAAUGAUGUCUACUGUAAUGUAGAUAUAGUUCAUGGUUUGUGUAGUUUGGCCCUUGAACCUGAUCCCAUUAGGCCCCUAUAGGAUUCCCCUCAUUAAGUAGCUAUCACCUUAAUGCUACACUGUGUGUUCCUGCCUGCAGAUGACAGUGGAGAACCUGAAGGCAGAGAAUGACCAGUUGAAGACAGGCGGUCCCUCCACCUCCACCUCCCAGUCUUCCGGCCUGGCAUCACUGGGCACAGCCUCACCACGCCAAUCUGUUGCCAUGUCUCUGCCCAAGACCUUCGGCAUGAGUCUGGGAGAGGGCAGCCCCUCUGGUGAGGCCUGGCAUCAGUGACUAGAGGAACGCAGUCAUCACUCAACAAGUCUAAGACUGAAUGAACAUCCAUGAAUCCAUUUUUAUUUUAAAUCUGAAACUAGGGAUAAUUGUCAUUAAGCAUUUCAGCUAGAUAACCCUCCUUAGUGUGCACUGUGAAAGGCUCAUAACUCAGUGAUGAAUAAACAUACAACUGUCAAACAGAACACAAGGACAUUGUGUACCCACGUUUAUGUUUGACAUGUUAAAGUCAUGACGUGCAUGUAGGACACUCAUUAGUUUAUGCCUUGACCCAGUGUCUCUCCAGCUGACUACCACUCAUACCAUAAUGUCUCUCUCGCUAUCUCUCUCCCUUUCUCUCUCUGUCGAAACAGACGUGUUCCAGACAGACACCAUUAGCCUCCCCUCUCAUAGGGACGACACGCGUGUGAGAGUGGUGGUUCGCAUGGCCAAUCUGCGCGUCUUCAAAGAUGUGAGUCUAUUUAUACGAUUCAUGAUUAUGUAUGAGCCAGACUUGUUCAGUUCAGCUGGGCUCUACAAUAACUAUGAUGGUAAACCUUCUAACCUCUCAACUGCUGCUGUCCUCGUUCAACAGGAGGUGAAACAGCAAGACUUUUUCAUUGGUACUGUGAGGGUUAAUGGUAGAAUGGACUGGCCUAUGCUGGACUCGGCUGUUGGCCAGGCUUUUAAGGUGAGUCUCAACAGGCACCUCAAAUGUGAAAAAACAUGUUCUACAUUCAAAAGUGGAUAUAUUGUUGAUGCAAACGUAGCCUAAAAAUUCAAUUUGUAUAAACUUAAAUGACAAGGUAGGGUGUAAGGUUCUGUGUAGGGUUAUAAUGUCAACAAACAGAAGACAUAAAUACAGGAGCACUUUUCUUCUCAAUUUGGACAUGGUUUUGGCUAGAGCUUAAUCUGUAUCUGUAAAUUCUCAGUCUGCUUUUCCCCAACACAACUAAUGUUCCCCUCAUCUCCUCUCCCCUGUCUCCUCUCCCCUGUCUCCUCUCCCCUGUCUUCUCCCAUGUCUCCUUUUCCCUGUCUCCUCGCCUCCCCCCUUCUCUCCUCCCCCAGGUGUACAUAGCCAAGGUGGACCCCACCUCUAGCCUGGGCCUUACUACAGACUCUAUCUACAGCUACAGUAUGAACCACAUCAGGAGGGUGCUGGGAGGGGAGCUGCCAGAGAGCCAUCCCUCACGCUGUGUCUCCAAGGGGCCCAGCGGCAUCACUGUAACACUCAAAGGUCAGUACCUGACUAGGAUCAUAAUGGUACAGUUGUGAAUAAUGGUCAUUUUCUGGAAAUAUACCAUUAUUUAAGCUACAAUCUGCAGUUUAAUUUCUGAUGAAGAACAAUAUUGCUCUGAGAGAGAGGGUAUUUGUUAAUGUACUAUUAACUGAUUAUCACAGUAAGAUUGUUUUUUUGUGUGUAAUUUCUUUGAGCAUCGAUUGUAAAGGACAGCUUGUGUCUAGCUUGUGUUAUAUCUAUUUGGGGUCAGCAAACAGUCAAUGGACUUAAUGUUCACACCAAAGGUCAUUGCAGCACUUGUUUUGGCUUUGAGACCGUGUAUGUUUGGAAUUUCUGUCCACUCUCUUCAGAUCUCCUGUUCCACACUGAACAAUGUUUAAAGGAAUGUUUUAUUAAGAUAUAUCAUGAUUUAUGACCCAUGCUGCGUACGUUAACCAGAUAUUUGGACUCCUUGUUAUGUUCCAUACUAAGAUGUGAUGUUGAAUAUCAAGUAGGAUGGAUGAUUGGCUGUGAAGCCAAUCAUCCAAUCAUUAAAUUCUAGUCAAUUCCAUUUCAAUUCCAGUCAAUUCUGGAAGUACACUGAAAUUCAAAUUCUGUUCAAUGGUUUACUUUCUGAAUUGACUGGAAUUUAAAUGGAAUUGACACAAACCCUGCUCUGUAGUCACAUAAGUCCUUCUGUUUGUCUCGUUAUAAUUAUCUCCCCCCUGUCUCUGACCUCUCUCUGACCACUGGCACCCAGUAGCGGAGAGCUGAGUCUGGGUCUGGCUAAGAUUUGUGGUGUCUACAAUGCCUUCAGAAAGUAUUCAUACCCCUUGACUUAUUCCACAUUUUGUUGCUUUACAGCCUGAAUUCAAAAUUGAUUAAAUAAAAAAAUGUCUCACCCAUCAACACACAAUACCCCAUAAUGACAAAUUCAAAACAUGUUUUGAGAUUUAUUGAAAAUGAAAUACAGAAUAAUAUUUUUUAUACAAAACAUCCACAUACAAAUGACAACAUACAGACGCAUCCAAACAUCCACAACAUCACCCCUGCCCAGACCCACCUGCUCACACCCCUAUCUCCAGCGCCCGCAUCACUCUCCGCCACAUGGCCUCAAACUGCAGCAUUUUGUUACUCUCUGUUGCCCAUGCAAUUUAGAUAAUAAAGCAUUUGACCUUCUCAUUGUGUUAACGAUUAAGUAUUGGUUGAUUUCCAGUUUUUAAGUAUACGUUUUUUCAAGAUGAUUGACAAGAAAAGUAUCGUCCAACCCAUCGGGUAUCUCACAACACCCCAUUAUGCCAUGUCUUGAAAUAUGCAGACAGAUGGGUUAAAAGUACAUUUACAUUGUAUUGUAAUACUUCUGACAGACAACUUUCGAACUUUACCCUUAACUUUUACACUUCAUUAAUACUUUCUGAAGGCACUAUACCGCAUCCUACUUGCUAUAAUUCUGAAGGAUUAUAAAAAUUAAAAGAGUUUGGAGAAUCUUCAUCCGUUGUCCAACUGUUGCAAUCAUUCAAAUUGUUAAAAAAUCAUAAUAACUAUUUCGAUGACCGUUGCUACUGGCACCCUGUAGCAGAGAGGUGAGACUGGGCCAAGCUGAGACUGAUUUAUGGUGUCAGAGGAAAACAUAUGUUCAGACAGGCCAUUAGCAGAUUAGCUUUUUUGGACCGAUGUAGUUUUUUUUAGAGCACAUUUCCCUAGAACAGUAGUGUACAUAGAUCCAUUUCAGGGUAAUCCAUAUCAGUUAGACCCCAUUUGUGAUUUUUAAAGCAAUGGAGAGGUGUAGGCUGGGUAGGCUGUCUGUUCCACCUGGCUAAGCAGGAAUGCAGUAGGGCAGGGUGGGAAAGAAGCAGGGGAGUGCAGUCGGGGUUCAGAGAAACAUGAUCCCGCUGCAGCUUGUGUGUCAGGCAGCUCAGGCAGUCCGACCCAGCUGGCCCAGGCAACACACACACACAAUACACAAACCCUAUAAAUGUGGGUGGUGAUAUUUCACACUGUAGGGUGGGGGCAUGGAGGAGGUAGGGGGGAGAAGGCAUGGAGAGGAAAGAGGACGAGCACAGACUCCUUGCUCUUGAUCUGGGAGUUAUUUACAGAACAUUCUUUCUGCACUCCAAGUUGUUUAUAAAAGGAGACGUGAUGCAGGAAAUCGUUAAGCAGAACAUUUUCAUGUACAUGGAUGGACUCCCUGGUUUAACUACAAAAAUAACUCUGGUUUAGUGCAUUCUCUCAAUGUUAGGAAAAAUGGAUUGAUAGUUUUAGUGCUUCUCUUCAUGUACAGUAUGUCUCUGUGAGCAGCUGAAUGGAGGGCUGUUUGGAAUUCCCUACACCCAACCAAUCGUUGUACCUCACCUGUCUAUGUGUUGUGUCAAAUACAUUUUAAUUUUAAGUGUUUACACAUAUAAUUCCGGGCCAAGAUGGCAGAUUUCUGUCCAUUCUAGUGUUAUAUUUAAUUAUGGGUGUUUACCCUGAACAGACAAUAAAGCUUUAGAACAUUAAACGUUUGAACUUUGACCUCUGCGUCCUUCAGGUCUGAAGGAGAAGUUUGUGGACAGCAUGGUGUUUGAGACCCUCAUCCCCAAGCCCAUGACCCAGCACUACAUCAGCCUGCUGCUCAAGCACCGCCGCCUCAUCAUGUCUGGGCCCAGUGGCACCGGCAAGACCUACCUCACCUCCCGCCUGGCAGAGUAUCUGGUGGACCGCAGCGGUCGAGACCUCAACGACGGCAUUGUGGUCACCUUCAACAUGCACCGCCAGUCUUGCAAGGUGGGUACAGGACAUUGUGUGCCAUACGGUAACAGGGUUCCUUGCUCCUAGUUCUGGAUAGGAGCUACACGCUGAGCAGCUAAUUAUUAAAGGCCCAGUGUAGUCAAAAACAUGAUUUUCCUGUGUUUUAAAUAUAUUUCCACCCUAUGAGGUUGGAAUAAUAUUGUGAAAAUGAUGAUAAUGCCCUUUUAGUGUAAGAGCUGUUUGAAAAGAGGUUAAUAGACCAAUAAUAAAGAUAUUUCCAAACCUCUCUGCCAAUCAAUACAUCAAAUGUAUUCAUAAAGCCCUUUUUACAUCAGCAGAUGACACAAAGUGCUUAUACAGAAACCCAGCCUACGCUGCUGCUACUCUGUUAAUUAUUUAUGCAUAGUCACUUUAACUCUACCCACAUGUACAUAUUACCUCAACUACCUCAACUAGCCGGUGCCCCCGCACAUUGACUCUGCAACGGUACCCCCCUGUAUAUAUAGCCUCCCUACUGUCACUUUAUUUUACUUCUGCUCUUUUUUCUCUAAACACUUUUUUUGUUGUUGUUUUAUUUUUACUUUUUUUGUAAAAAAUAAAUGCACUGUUGGUUAAGGGCUGUAAGUAAGCAUUUCACUGUAAUGUCUGCACCUGUUGUAUUCGGCGCAUGUGACCAAUACAAUUUGAUUUGAUUUGAUUUGAAACCCCAAAGAGCAUGCAAUUUGGUAUUUUAUUAGGAUCCCCAUUAGCUGUUGCGAAAGCAGCAGCCACUCUUCCUCGGGUCCAAACAAAGCAUGAAACUUGACAUAAUACUGAACAUUAAUAGACAAGAACAGCUCAAGGACAGAACUACAUCAAUUUAAAAAUGGCACACGUAACCUACAUAUCAAUACAUACACACAAUAUCUAGGUCAAAUAGGGGAAAGGCGUUGUGCCGUGAGGUGUUGCUUUAUGUUUUUUUUAAACCAGGUUUGCUGUUCAUUUGAGCAAUAUGAGAUGGAAGGGAGUUCCAUGCAAUAAUGGCUCUUGAAUUUGUUCUGGAUUUGGGGACUGUGAAAAGACCCCUGGUGGCACGUCUGGUGGGUUAAGUGUGUGUGUCAGAGCUGUGCAGAUGUAGAAGCUCGGUGACUAGGAGAAACUUCCUUGGAAGGCAGGAACCUAGGAAGAAACCUAGAAGGGAACCAGGCUCUGAGGGGUGGCCAGUCUUCUUCUGGCUGCACCCAGUGGAGAUUAUAUCUAAUCGAAUAGAUUCCACAGAUUGCUAGUUGAAGAUAAAUACUUUUACUAAGCGUAUUAGUAUAUUAGUGAUUGACUGACCAGCUCUCUCCAGAUCUCCCAACAAUGUUAUUUCUAGGGUCAAUUUUAGAUUAAUGUUAUGCUGAGACCAGGAACAGACUACCUGAGGGCAAUACCAGAACAAAUGGUCUAUUGAUUCUGUAUCCUCACAACAAAAUAUGCAGAGCUGAAAUAUGUUUUAUAUGUUCAUCAAAAGAGAGAUCAGGGUCUAGAGUAAUGCUGAUGUCCUUCAGUUUUAUUUUCAGUUUUCCCCUUACCACUCAGACCACUCCCAGACAGUCCUAGCAAAAUUCUUGCUUGAGAAAUUGCUCUUUGCUAACAAGCUUUUUUGUUUCUUUUUGACGAUUUUAAUUGAAAACAAUCACAGCAAGGUACUUAAUUGUUACCCAGAAAUGAUUUCAUAUUAAGUAAAAAAAACUGCUGCAUUGGCCCUUUAACUAAACAUGUACCUCUAAUCAUCAGGUUUGUCAGUGGUGGGCUGGCAGAAAAGCCUGUACACCUUACAGCUCAGUACCAAGAGAAAGCAGUCAUCUGGUUUCGGUUUGUGAUUUAAUAUCACCAUACAUCAAUAACAUGACCUCUCUCAACAGGAUCUCCAGCUCUACCUGUCCAACCUGGCCAAUCAGAUUGACCGGGAAACCAGCACUGCUGAAAUUCCAUUGGUGGUUAUCCUGGAUGAUAUACAUGAUGCCACUUCCAUCAGUGAGCUUGUCAACGGGGCCCUCACCUGCAAAUACCACAAAUGGUGAGUAGACUAACACUGAAAUGGAACCUUUUAUCAAACAUCUAUUAGAGACAUUAGUACAUUAUUGUUUCUAAUCUUAACUGUGAUGAUUCUGUGUUUAUUUCAGUCCUUACAUCAUUGGAACUACCAACCAGCCGGUGAAGAUGACCCCAAACCAUGGCUUGCACCUCAGCUUCAGGUGAGUGAAGAGACAAAUCGAGUUGUUUGUGUUUUUUUGUGUGUGAAGGCUUUUGUUCUGACCUAGUCUUAAAACAUCUUAUUUAAGGCUACAGUAUAUCCCUGUCAUGCAUCUACAGUACGCUUUGAUGCGUAUUUAAAUUGGGAUGUUGUCAGUCUAAUAAAUAGGGACAGUGCCUUCAACGUAUUCAUACCCCUUGACUUAUUGCACAUUUUGUGUUACAGCCUGAAUUCAAAAUUUAUUAAAUAUAUUUUUUUCUCUCACCGAUCUACACACUACCCAGUAAUGACAAAGUGAAACAUGUUUUUAGAAAUGUUUGCAUUGGCAUUGAAAAUGAAAUACAAAAAUAUCUAAUUUACAUACGUUUUCACACCCCUGAGUCAAUACAUGUUAGAAUCACCUUUGGCAGUGAUUACAGCUGUGAUUCUUUCUGAGUAAGUCUCUAAGAGCUUUACACACCUGGAUUGUACAAUAUUUGCACAUUCUUAAAAAAAUUAUUCAAGGUUGUUUAUCAUUGCUAGACAGCCAUUUUCAAAUCUUGCCAUAGAUUUUCGAGCGAUUUUAUGUCAAAAAACUGUAAAUAGGCCACUCAGGAACAUUCAAUGUCGUCUUGGUAAGCAACUCCAGUAUAUAUUUGGCCUUGUGUUUUAGGUUAAGGUCCUGUUGAAAGGUGAAUUUGUUUCCCAAUGUCUGUUGGAAAGCAGACUGAACCCAGUUUUCCUCCAGGAUUUUGCCUGUGCUUAGUUCUAUUCCAUUUCUUUUUAUCCUAAAAAAAAACUCCCUAGUCCUUGCAGCCACCACCAUACUUGAACAUUUGAAGAGUGGUACUCAGUGAUUUGUUGUUUUGGAUUUGCCCCAAACAUAACUUUGUAUUCAGGACAUAGUUGUUUUUAGCAGUUUUACUUUAGUAUGGAAGGUGUUAUUCUGUACAAGCUUCCUUCUUUUCACUCUGUCAUUUAGGUUAGUAUUGUGGAGUAACUACAAUGUUGUUGAUCCAUCCUCAGUUUUCUCCUAUCACAGCCAUUAAACUCUAACUGUUUUAAAGUCACCAUUGGCCUCAUGGUGAAAUCCCUGAGCAGUUUCCUUCCUCUCCGGCAUUUAAUCCAUUUUAAAUUCAGGCAGUGACACAACAAAAUGUGGAAAAAGUAAAGGGGUGUGAAUACUUUCUGAAGGCACUGUAUAUAGUAGAUAGUACUUUAUGAUAUAUACAGCAUGACCUGACCUUUGACCCUCUCCUGACCCCAAGGAUGGUGACCUUCUCCAAUAAUGUGGAGCCAGCCAAUGGCUUCCUGGUGCGUUACCUGCACAGGAAGUUGAUGGAGGCGGAGGACGAGAGGAGCCUGGCCAACGAGGACCUCCUCAGGGUGCUGGACUGGGUGCCCAAGCUGUGGUACCACCUGCACACCUUCCUGGAGAAACACAGCACCUCGGACUUCCUCAUCGGUAGGAAAACAUUCUGUUAGAAGCGGGAAAUAAUACAGGAAUAUAAAGUUAGGUCACACUUUCAUUGGAUAGUCCCCAAUGGAUGAUCUACAGAUCUAAAUCUACAUACUAUCCAAAUAAAGCGAUACCUAAAGUUAGUUAGUUAUUGGAGAUCUGAUUCUUGUCUAUGGCCACAGACUGUGUGUUUGAUUGAUGUGGUCAUUGAAAGAUCUUUCAUAUUAUUUAUUCUUUCUUUUUUUCUCUCUCUCUCCUCUCUUUCUCUGUCUCCCCUCCCUCUCUCUCUCUCUUGCUCUCUUCUCUCUCCCUCUCUCUAGGUCCGUGUUUCUUCCUGUCCUGUCCUGUGACUGUGGAGGAGUUCCGCUCCUGGUUCAUUGACCUGUGGAACCUCUCCAUUAUCCCCUACCUGCAGGAAGGAGCCAAGGAUGGCAUUAAGGUCAGACAGGUUUUACUAUCUUGGUAGAUGAAUUAAAGCCUGGUCCCAGAUCUUUUUGUGCUCUAUUGCCAACUUUAUUGUCAUUGUCACGUCAAACGUUUGGCGUGACGGCACAACCAGAUCUGGGACCAGGCUAGGUGAAUUGCAGGGAAAAUAAAUGGAUGGAGCGAGCAUCUUUCAAGGAAUAACACUCACACUUUUCUUUUCCUACUAGCACUGACUUUGCUGAUAAGUACCUUAUUGAGGAAAAAUGUACUGUACUUACUAUGACUGUGAUUUGUAGUUGUCUCACCUAGCUAUCGCACUAACUGUAAGUCACUCUGUAUAAGAGCGUCUGCUAAAUGACUAAAAUGUUAAAUGUGCUCGGAGUAUGACGUGUUGUGGCUUUGUGCCACAGGUGCAUGGUCAGAAGGCGGUGUGGGAGGACCCAGUGGAGUGGGUGAGGGGCACCCUGCCCUGGCCCUCAGCCCAACAGGACCAGGCCAAGCUGUUCCACCUGCCUCCCCCCAGCAUGACCUCUGGAGGCCCAGGCCAGCCCAGCGAGGCCUCAGCCAGGCCUCUUAAUAAGGAGACCCCACCCAGCUCCAUGGACACCCUGGAUCCUCUGGUAAGACACUCGUCUUCCCAUAUUUGUACCAUGGGGGUAUGCAACUGUGGUCCUGGAGGUCCCACAGUGUGUGUAGGAUGUUGUUGUGGUCCAGCAACGAUACACCUGAUUCACCUAAUAAUAGUCCAAUCUGAACAAUGUGAUUUAUUGAUUAGUUGAAUCAGGUGUGUAUAGCACGAGCUGGGCUGGUGCAAAAGCCUGAAACACACUGUGGUACCUGUUUCCCAACCCUGCUGUAAGUCCUUCUCUGGCCUCGUCUGUAUCUCAAUUAUAUUACUGUAUGUCCUUGGAAGGUAUCGUUGUCACAAUACUGUGCAUUAUAUAGAGUUAAUUUGAAAUGCUUCACCUUUUCUGACCCUUUCCCCCUCUGUCUGUUGUUCCAGAUGGCUAUGUUGUUGAAGUUGCAAGAGGCAGCCAACUACAUUGAAUCUCCGGACAGAGAUACAAUGGACCCCAGCCUCCCUACAUUUUGAACAACUUAAACUCUAGACUCAAAACCUAGCACUUCAAAUAGCCCUAAAUAUUUAUCCCUAUGUGAGCUCUAGUAUACACAGUUUAUAACAUUCAGGAACAAAAACUCCAACAUUGUUUUCUGCUCCUUUUGGACCUUAUCUUUAAUCUCAGCAAACAACAAUCACACUCCAUAUGGUUGAAUGAGAAGCCAUUUGUUUUGUUGUUUUUGAAUUGUAUUCAAUCAUGCCAAGUCAUACCAACCGAUAUUAUGGUGAGAGAAAAUAUUUAGAUUUUCUAUUUCUUCAGAUUUUCUUGAACUAGAGGUUAUAUUCACAAUACACAGUAUAAAGUCUCUCUUUAUAGAAGCCUUCUCUCUAUCACUGCUGCCCUCGAUAGAAACAGGUGCUAAUUAUCUAGAUAAUAAGUAUUACUCUUACUUUAGAAAUUAAUCCUCAUCUCUCAUUGGUCUAAGCAGGUGAUUCUUCCAACAGCAAAUUUAAAUGACAAAAAAGCACAUUCUUGCUUGUCCACAUUUGCUCAAAAUGGCCUGCAGUGUGCCUGUAAAAUCAAGUCAGUUUGAGACCCAUUUUAGCUUAUUGGAAAGAGUACGACGGCAUGUUGUAUGGCUUGUCAGGUUGUAUAGUCCUGGUUCUGAAUACAUAUCGAUCAAUCUUUGAAGGCCAAAUCUUAGACAUAUGCAACUCUUAUACAUAACCAGGUGAAAUUGUUUGACUCUGUGACCAAACAUACUGAAUGCCUUAAUAAAUCUAUGACUUAUGAUAACCUCAAGAUGAACAGCAGUAUACAACAGUGGUGCUUUGCUUUAUAACCAUCGCCUCAGAGCAGAGUAGUGCCAGGACAUUGACUUUUUGCCCCCUCACAUAGUUCAGGGUAGAGUCCUGCACAGGUCAGUUUUUUUGGAGCCGCACCACCCCGCCCAAAUUAUUUCUGAGCCCCACCCGAUAUCCGACAUCAGGACAGACUUUUCUCUGCAUAGAGAGCCGAUCCGUGAACCGGCAAAAUAAUAUCAAUUUAUUGUUUUUAUGACUCCAGAGUAUUAGGCUAUUCCCAUUCCCUGGAUUCAUUAAUUUGUCUGCAUGUCUAUUCACAUUUGGAUCAAAGGAAACCAUGGCAUGAAUUAAGAACGAUAGGCCUAUCUUCUGAUUUUCACCUUGCGAUGCGGCACAUUGACAACUCAGAUCGCUUUGAAUAAGAUCCUUUUAAUUAGACUUCUUCUUACUUAACGAAAGCCUAUAGCUGACAUAACAAAACAAUACAUUUACAUUCAAACUUAAGUAAACAUUUCCUAUAAUCGAAUAAGCUAUAGGCUGCAAAAAUAGCCUACAUUCAUUUAGUAGGCUAUUGGCUACUCAAACUUUUACCAGUCUCACAGGUUUAAACUUUAUAAGGCCUGCAUAUGGUCUAAAUGAAUGAAAGCCUGAAUUGAUGUAAUAAUAAACUUAUAUUAACUGAAUUAACGCAAACAAAUACCUGCUUGCACUUUUGCAGGCUGUAUCCAUACCGGGUUGUUGUCCUCCUUGUCCACAAUGACUCCAAAUCCUUCCAAACCGGGGAUUUCACUCACGCAGCACCUGUUUCCAUGAUGGUGUAUUCCACCAUCAUAACCUUUGAUAAGAAUGUUUUCAUUCCACCCUCCAGCUGAUUUUUUUUGCAGGUCAACUGCCGGGAACCGUGGGUAUCCGAUCCGAUGCAGGACUCUAGUUCAGGAUUGAUUUCAAUGUCACUUAACUAUAUUUGAGGGAUAAACAACAUGUUUCAGGUAGGCUAGAUGGUGGGGAUCAGGGUUUCAUGGUCAAGUGAGAAAACAGGAUUUAACAGAGCAGAACACAGACACAUGGUUAUUUCCUUAUGGUUAAUAUCUUUAAUUAUCAUUCAUUGCAGCUACAACUUAGCAAAAUUACAAAUGCUGUCACUCUUUAACCAAAACAUUUAAAGAUGUCAUCAGUACAUACUAACUUCAGCUUCUGUGGUACUAGUUCCUCAUUUUGUUGCAGGCAGCAUACUUUUUAUUUAUUUGACUGAACUGACAUAGACCGAUUUGAAAUCCAACUAUCUGUUUGAAGAUAUAAAGGCCAUGCCAGUAAUACUCACAUAUAAAAUCAGGUAUUACUAAGAAAGUUAUUUUUUGGAAUAACGCUUAAGCAACUAACAUUUGCUUAUAGCUUAGAUAUUGCUUGACUUUUAUUUUGAAUAUGGUGAGGUCUAAUCUAUUCCACAACAUUAUUCAGUAUAGUUACUGUGCUCAAUGCUGUAUUUCCAAUAUCGAUUUCAGUUAUUUGAUCUACACUAGUUGCAUGGUGCUAAUAUCUGAUAUGCUGAACCAAAUACUUUACUGUAAUCUUGCAUAUUGACAGUAGUUAGAGUAUAAAAGUGCUUAAAAGAAUGUACAUGUAGAUCUUUUACUCAAUGUGGUAGCCAUAUAGCAUCGCAGAUCAUUUAGGUGCUUUUGAAUUUAGCCUUUUCACAAAGCUACUGUCUCAUUCCUUGUAGAAAACAUGUAUUUAGGCCUAUACCAAGAC